AUGGAGCAUGGUUGCAAUUCAAGGGAUUAUGGCCCUGAAACAAACCAAGGAUCACUUCACGUUGUGCGGAAAAGCUUUUGUAAUGUCUUGCAAGGCAUACGCUCUUUUAUCACACAUAAGGGUGUGGAAGAAGUGAAGGAGCUCUGUGGUUUAGCUGUUCCACUGGUAAGUGUUAAUUUGAAAUAUAAUCAUUUAUCACGUGUUUGGAUGUAGGGUUUAAAAAGCACACUGUAAAGCCAUUUGUAUUACAUAAAAAUAUUUUGUAAUCAAUUUUUGUUGCAGAAGCUUGAGUUGUAAAAGGUAAAAGAACAUAGUCUUAAUAAUAGUAAAAGGAAUAGGCAGCUUGAUCUGGUAUUUUUCAGUAAAAAUCUUAGAACUAAUAUUUGCCAUUUGUUAAAAAUUGUAAUGUGAAAAUCUGAGAUGUGAAGAAAAAACAGGCUCGUAUAUACAUAUAUUUUGAAAUUGUAAAAAGGUUCAAUCUUUAUGGUCAUGGGCUUUUGAGUUUAUUAAGAAAGCAUUAAGACCAAGUAUCAAAAUUACCCCAGAAAUUGCUUUACUAAAUAUGAAUCUGUCUGAAUGCCCAAAAGAAAAGGCCUAUUUAAUAACACACACUUGUACAGCAGCUAAGAUCCUAACUGCAAGAGGCUGGAAGCAAAGCCAUGUUUUUUAAAAAUCAGCUUUCUCUAAUCCAGGGGUUCCUAAUAAAUUUUUCCCAUGGAACCCUUUGACAUAGAGUAUCGACAUGUUGGAUUCCACCCUCCCUAUUUUUUUAUGUGCCGGUGUGUGUCUGUGUAUCUGUGUGUCAAUGUGUAUCUGUGUGUGUAUGUAUCUGACACAUAGAUACACACACCUUGACACACAGUGUCUAUCUGUGUGUGUGUGUGUGUGUGUGUGUGUGUAUCUGUGUGCCACUAUGUGCCUGUGUGUGUGUGUGUGUAUCUGUGUGUCAGAUACAUACACACUCAUACACAUUGACACACAGAUACACAGACACACACAGAUAGACACUGUGUGUCAAGGUGUGUGUAUCUGUGUGUCGGAUACAUACACAUGUCAAGGUGUGUGUAUCUGUGUUUGUAUGUGCUAGUGUAUGUGUCUGUGUGUCAGUAUUAAUCUGACACAGAGAUACACACACCUUGACAGACUGUGUGUAUCUGUGUGUGUGUGUGUGUGUGUGUGUGUGUAUGGAUCUGGCAUACAGAUACACACACUGGCACACAGAUACACACACUGACACACACCUUGACACACAAUGUGUAUCUGUGUAUGUGUGUGUGUGUGUGUAUCUAUGUAUCAAAGUGUGUGUAUCUGUAUUUGUAUGUGCCAGUGUGUGUAUCUGUGUUUGUAUGUGUCAGUGUGUAUCUGUGUGUGCGUAUGUAUCUGACACAGAUACACACUCUGGCUCACAGAUACACACACCUUGACACACUGUGUGUAUCUCUGUGUGUGUGUGCAUGUAUCUGUGUCAAGUUGUAUGUAUCUAUGUGUCAAAUUGCAUGUAUCUGUGUUUGUAUGUGCUGGUGUGUGUCAAGGUGUGUGUAUUUGUGUUUGUAUGUGCCAGAGUGUAUAUCUGUGUGUCAGUGUGUAUCUGUGUGUGUGUGUGUGUGUGUAUAUCUGACACACAGAUACACACAUACUGGCACAUAGUGGCACACAGAUACACAUACUGACAGAUACACACACCUUGACACACAGAUACACACACACUGGCACAUACACACUGGCACAUACUGACAUAUACACACACCUUGACACACAGAUGCACAAACUGACACUUAGACACACAGAUUCACACACAUUGAGAGAUACACACACUGACACAGGUACAGACACAUACACAUACACACACGUUUAAAUGUGUUUUUUACUUUCCUUUUUUCUGCAGGAGGAUGUUCAGUGCUGCUGGAUGAGGUUAGCAGCUGCUCCCUCUCCCUCCAGCCAGCGCGCUCUGUCUAGGAGGAAGUGCAGUCACUUCCUACUGGCAUCCAAUACUACAGGGGUCCAGUCAUGAUUUUAGAUGACCGCGGCGCCUAACCAGACCACUGUUUAGCGAUACCCAUUGGGUGGCCCUAAAUGCUUGGGCCACCCGACUGGCAAAUUGCCACGUAACCCGAAUUAUGUUCUCUAUUUUGAACUCUAAUUGUGAAACGCUGCUCUUAUCAAUUGUUACAGCUAAAAUUGAAAAUGGCAGAAAAUGGUUUACGGGUGUGGCGAAUAAAACAAAUAUAUGGAAUAACGCUCUUGAAUAAGCACAGGAAUAUUGCAGUCCCUCUUAAAAAGAAAAUAAUUGAAGCUGCAUUAAACUUCAUAACCGGCUGGCAGCCAAUCAAAUCAGUGUUAUAUGUUGUAUGUGCAAGAGAUUUGACUUUGUGUUAACAACGCAAUGCAUUCUCUUGUAAUUAUUGAUGUGGAUGUCUUUAUGUGUGGUAAGGAAAAAAAAGUGAAAAUGAAGUCAAUAAAGAUUAUUAUAAAUUAAAAAAAUACUAAACUGCAGUUAGAAAAUAAGGUAUCUUCCAAUAUUACAAAAUCAAAUUGUAUUUGUCUUUAUUAUAGAAAAUGUGCUUUUAGAUCUCUCCUUACAUAGUAAAGAGGUGCUUAAAGGGAAACUGUAGUCACUAUAAUCAUUUCAUCUCUUUGAAUUGGUUUUAGUGCCUGGAGUCCCCAGGCACUGUCCCUCCAUUCAGUGUUAAACCAUUUUCAAGCAGUUUAAUACUGUGGCCACCCACAGUCUUGUCUUUUCUGGAGGUGUGGCUAAGGCACAGAUCAAACACUUCCUUGUAGUCAUACCCUUCAUACUGGCAGUGCUAGCUCUGAUAGGCCAAAUGCAGUAAGCUGACACCCUCAACCACUCACAGCUGCCCAUUGCUGCUCAUGCUAAUACUUAUUAAUUAUCCAAAGUGGCACAGAGGGGAUGAGCUGCUGGGGACUCUCAUUUAGCAUAAAAAAUUUGAAACUGUUUAAUGCUGCAUGCAAUUAGAGCACCAGGAGAUUACAGAAACUAUAGCCAGUUUAAUGAGAUGGGACAGAUACAAUGAUAUGGGACAGAUACAAUGAUACAGUGCCCCUUUGAUGUAUUCAUUCUGUAGUGUAGAACAACGUUUUUAUUGCACCUUAGUAAAUACGAGCCUAAUAAUGUUCCAAGAGUUGGAGGCUGUACAGUUUGUGGUUUCAGAGUCAAGUUUGUGGCUAGAGCAUAAUCUUCAAAAUCUGAAAUUAUCCCAAUUAAUACACCAGUUUCCACUUGUAACGGCACCCCCAGGCAUAAAAGGGGUUAAAAGCCGUUUAGGAGAUCUUCCCCUUCCAGAGACACAGGCACAGCUACGGUAGACACCAAUCUACCGAACCGGAGAAGCACAUGAAUGCUCUCAAACAUACGAAUGCUGUAAACAGCCGAAUAGGAAAAACCAUACAAAUAGGUUUACACUCCUAGCAGUCGAACUGGAACAGCAUACAAUAAAUCCCCCCAAGAACGAGACAAAGCUCCGUUUUGAGGGUCAAGCAGGAACAGACAGACCUGUGGGUUUAUUGUUCUUACAGGGAGUGCAGAAUUAUUAGGCAAAUGAGUAUUUUGACCACAUCAUCCUCUUUAUGCAUGUUGUCUUACUCCAAGCUGUAUAGGCUCGAAAAGCCUACUACCAAUUAAGCAUAUUAGGUGAUGUGCAUCUCUGUAAUGAGAAGGGGUGUGGUCUAAUGAAAUCAACACCCUAUAUCAGGUGUGCAUAAUUAUUAGGCAACUUCCUUUCCUUUGGCAAAAUGGGUCAAAAGAAGGACUUGACAGGCUCAGAAAAGUCAAAAAAUAGUGAGAUAUCUUGCAGAGGGAUGCAGCACUCUUAAAAUUGCAAAGCUUCUGAAGCGUGAUCAUCUAACAAUCAAGCGUUUCAUUCAAAAUAGUCAACAGGGUCGCAAGAAGCGUGUGGAAAAACCAAGGCGCAAAAUAACUGCCCAUGAACUGAGAAAAGUCAAGCGUGCAGCUGCCACAAUGCCACUUGCCACCAGUUUGGCCAUAUUUCAGAGCUGAAACAUCACUGGAGUGCCCAAAAGCACAAGGUGUGCAAUACUCAGAGACAUGGCCAAGGUAAGAAAGGCUGAAAGACUACCACCACUGAACAAGACACACAAGCUGAAACGUCAAGACUGGGCCAAGAAAUAUCUCAAGACUGAUAUUUCUAAGGUUUUAUGGACUGAUGAAAUGAGAGUGAGUCUUGAUGGGCCAGAUGGAUGGGCCCGUGGCUGGAUUGGUAAAGGGCAGAGAGCUCCAGUCCGACUCAGACGCCAGCAAGGUGGAGGUGGAGUACUGGUUUGGGCUGGUAUCAUCAAAGAUGAGCUUGUGGGGCCUUUUCGGGUUGAGGAUGGAGUCAAGCUCAACUCCCAGUCCUACUGCCAGUUCCUGGAAGACACCUUCUUCAAGCAGUGGUACAGGAAGAAGUCUGCAUCCUUCAAGAAAAACAUGAUUUUCAUGCAGGACAAUGCUCCAUCACACGCGUCCAAGUACUCCACAGCGUGGCUGGCAAGAAAGGGUAUAAAAGAAGAAAAUCUAAUGACAUGGCCUCCUUGUUCACCUGAUCUGAACCCCAUUGAGAACCUGUGGUCCAUCAUCAAAUGUGAGAUUUACAAGGAGGGAAAACAGUACACCUCUCUGAACAGUGUCUGGGAGGCUGUGGUUGCUGCUGCACGCAAUGUUGAUGGUGAACAGAUCAAAACACUGACAGAAUCCAUGGAUGGCAGGCUUUUGAGUGUCCUUGCAAAGAAAGGUGGCUAUAUUGGUCACUGAUUUGUUUUUGUUUUGUUUUUGAAUGUCAGAAAUGUAUAUUUGUGAAUGUUGAGAUGUUAUAUUGGUUUCACUGGUAAUAAUAAAUAAUUGAAAUGGGUAUAUAUUUGUUUUUUGUUAAGUUGCCUAAUAAUUAUGCACAGUAAUAGUCACCUGCACACACAGAUAUCCCCCUAACAUAGCUAUAACUAAAAACAAACUAAAAACUACUUCCAAAAAUAUUCAGCUUUGAUAUUAAUGAGUUUUUUGGGUUCAUUGAGAACAUGGUUGUUGUUCAAUAAUAAAAUUAAUCCUCAAAAAUACAACUUGCCUAAUAAUUCUGCACUCCCUAUAUAUACACAUUAGUACCACCCACAGGGUUUUGGAAAACAACCAAUAAACACAUACAAUACACUCAGACACUCCCACACAAAAUCCUCCCCUCUGCCUGUGAUACAAUUACCAUACACAAUGGAUAAUGUAAUUAUCACCGGCAGAGAAAUACAGUGUUUCCACAUUAUUCAUAACUUUAAAAGUAUGCAUCACAUUCACAUACAUUUUAAGAAUCAGCAUACUCCAAAUACGAACAUAUGUCAAAAUCAUCCAAAUUGGUCCAGUGGUUCAAAAGAUAGAUCGAAGUCCUUUGUGACCAAAUGAAGCAUGGCUUUUCUGCCCAAGACCAGUUCCACAGCGUCUUCUAUCCUGGAGAUAAUUUGGAAGUAAUCCAAUUAUCUCCAAGGACAGAGGCAAAACUCCAUUAAGCACAUGGCAGCAAAAGACAAUAAAAUACAAUAAAAUACACACAGUUACAUUUAUGACAUAAAAUACAGACAUGCAACAUAUGCCCAGAUAGCUUAGGUUUGAGCGCACAUUAAUACUGAAUGGCGCUCAGACCACACACACAUACAGUUCAAUUUGCAUGGAGCCAAAGUCUUUUAUUACACGAAUAGGCUCCAUGUCAUAGCUAUCUGGGUUAUUUUAGUUAAUUCAGUAAAUCCGAGAAUCUACCGAACGCCAGGCAGAAAACAUGAAUAGACCUUUCUGCAUAGGAAAAUAAAGUAUUUAAAUGCCGGUCCAUAGUCAAAAGGCAGCAGGCAGGCAACCAGGCUCCUCCAAUGCACAGUGGCGAGAUUGGUCUCGUCACACCACUCAUUCUUAUUCCCUUUGGACCAGGAGUAAUCAACCUUUUUCUGCCUACCGCCCAUUAAUGCAUCUUUCUUGAUGGAAAGAUUUCCUUAACGCCCACCAGUUUUCGUGCAAGUUCGAAAUAUUUUUUAGAAAGGAGGGUGUUUUAAAAAAAUAAAAUGUGAGUACAUUUAUCUUUUUAUUUCUACUUUAUGCAUGUUUAUAAUGUUUUUAACUUUAUAAAGUUUAAUGAGAAAACAAUGAAGUAAAUUGAAAUUGCCUUUACUAGUGAUUAAUGAGAUCCUUGAGGUUUAUGCUGCGAGACUAAAUAUUUGAUAUCUGGUUCGAUUUUCGUAAGGAACAAAUAAAGGUCUCCUCUUUUGGUGAUAUUCAGACGAUUUCUCUGUUUGCUCAUAAUAUGAUUUCUCAUCCAUGCAUCAGCUCCCCUCCUCUCCCUCCUCAAUUCCCCUCCCCACCUUUUUUCCCCCCUUUUUUUUACCUUCGUAAUAGCAAUGCCCAGCAGAAAGGCUGAGCUAUGUAGCACACUUACUAUUAUUAGCCAACAACAAUUCUCUCCUUUUCCUUUUUAUAAUUUUUAUUUUCCUUCUUUCUCUUUUUUUUUACAAAUACUCUGCUCCUUCUUUCUCCUAUUCUACAAAUACACUGCUCCUUUUUUCUCCUUUUUUAUAAGUACUCUCCUCCUUUAUUUUAUUCCUUUUUUUCUAUUUUUUUUUUAAUAUUUUUUUUUUAUUGAAGGUUUUUCAAAAGUAAAGAUCCAGUACAUAGUUGUUUCAUAGAGUAUACAAACGAGAAGUCAGUGGGUUACGGGAUAAUACAAUCGUACUCUAAAGUUGCGCAGUAAUAUCAUCCGCUUCCGUGUACUAUUGAACAUUUCGACGUAGCUGGUUUACAGUGUUCCCUUCAUUUAGGUUGAUGUUACAAUUCAGAUAAACUCAACAAAGGUAUAUACACAAACAAACAUGCAGGCAAAUCACAGUAAUUUGGAUCUAGCAUUUUCUGCGUACUUUGGUCAUGUCAGCUCACAUAAAUCACUGUCCAUGAUCCCAUGGGCUGCUCCUGACUCCUCUGGGUCCCCUCCACCCCUCUCACCCUCCAUGGUGUUUCUGUCCCUCAUACCAUGUCUCCCAGACCUUCCAAACGUCUCGGAACCUUUCCGUGGCUUUGGCAGUGUCAGUGGACAUUUUCUCAUAUACAUAGAAUUGUUGUAUUUUGUCUGCCAAUUGGUGGAUGGCUGGGCAGCUAGGUGUUUUCCAGUUUAGUGCUAUUAGGUUUCUAGUGGCCAUUAAGACUAUCCCUAUCAAUUGUAUGUGGUUUUGUGGUGUCGUUUCGGGGAACAGCAAGAGUAGGCAGGUCGUUAUGUUCAUGGGGAAGUCCCUAAGUCCCUAAUUCCGAGAUCAGUCAGUAGGAUCUGAACAUCUCCCCAGAGAGGUUGUAUCCCCCCACAUUGCCACCAUAUGUGUGGCAGGGUUCCUUCCUCCACACCGCAUCUCCAACACUUGGAUGAUACGUCUGGGUAUAUUCUGUGUAGUCUAAUGGGUGUCAUGUACCACCUAUAGAGUAGAGUCCACUUUUUGAUCCCAUUUAGGGCCAGCAUCCACCUUUCAUCUGUCAUGACUGUCCCCCUCUCCGUCUCCCAGUGCUGUUUACAUGUCAUCGUUUUUUGUGGUGCUAGGUCUAGCCAUGCUUUAUAGCAAAGUGAGAGGGCUUUGGGUUUCAUCGGGGCUGUCCAGCAUCUGUGGGGUAUUAGUCUCGCCGCUACCGCAGAUGUAGGCACAGUGGGUGGUGUGCCCGUGACGUGUGUGUUUAUUGUGUUUUUUAGUUGUAAGUAGGUAAGAUAUCUCUCUCCGGGGCCUUCCACCUGUCUCUGAUGUCUGGGAAACUCAUGAUCGUUUGAUCUGUACACAGUUGUUGGAUUUGGGAUAUACCUAAGCGUGACCAUCUGGUUAGCGGGAUCGUGGUAUUCACUGCAUGAAGUGCAGUUAGGGGAGCUUCAGGGUGGAAGUGUUUCUUCCAGCCAAGGGAGGACAUAAAGUCGUCCCACACUCUGACCGUUGCGGUUGUGGUAGGAUAUAGAGUUACCUUAGGGCCUCUUAGUGUUCUCGGCGUCCACAGGUAAUUAAGCAGUGAGGCGUGCCUAAGUUGGCCUCGUUCCAUAUCCACCCACUGUGUUACCCCCUGUUGGGCGUGUAGGUGUAUACUCGUUGCUAGAAUAGAGGCUUUGUAGUAGAGUCCAAUGUUGGGCAUAGGCCCCCGUUUUUGUCGUCCGUUGUAGGAGACCUAGGGGCAGCCUGGGUUUCUUACCCCCCCAAAUGAAGGAGUUGCGUAUGGCUUGUAAAGAUUUAUGGAUUGCGGCUUGGAUGUCUAUCGUGAGCAUGCGGAAUAUAUACAGUAACCUUGGCAAUAGCAUCAUCUUAUAUGCAUUCACUCGGCCUAACCAUGACAGUUUUGCAUUCUUCCAUUUAUGUAUCUCUGUGAUGCACAAAUGUAUGAGGGGUUUGUAAUUGAGCUUUACUAUGUUGCUAAUAGGAGCGGCAAUCUUAACCCCUAAGUACGUUAUGGACGUUGUUCGCCAGUCAAGUUCAAAGGAGUUUUUCAGGGUGGUUACAGUUGGCCCUGGUAAGUUUAUCGGUAAGGCUUGUGUUUUUUUCUUGUUCAGACGGUAGUAUGAUAUUCUACCAUAGUCUGUCAAUAAUGUUAGCAGAGGGGGCAGUGAUUGUUCUGGAUUUGAAAGUGCCACAAAAAUAUCGUCCGCGAACAUCGCCAGACAAUAGUCUUUGUCCCCCAGUGUAAUACCGGUUAUGGCCUGGUGUCGUCUUAUCUUCCAAGCCAAGGGUUCUAGGGAGAGUAUGUAUAACAUACAUCCCUGGCGCGUCCCGUUCGUAAUGUGAAAAGUCCGCGACAGGAAGCCUCCAUGGGAGACCCUAGCACUGGGUCGUGCGUACAGAGCCAAUAUUCCCCUGAUAACCUCUUCAGGGAACUGAUACUUGCACAGCACCUGUGUCAUAUAUUGCCAGUUAAGUCUGUCGAAGGCCUUUUCGGCGUCCAGCGCCAGGAAAAGACCUCCGAGUUGUUCCCUCUCCAUCCCCGCUAUUAUGUUUAGCACUUUCCUCGAGUUAUCAGAGCCUUGUCGGCCCCUCACAAAUCCGGACUGGUCAUUGUGUACUAAUUUAUGCCAAUCUUUCGCUGAAUAGUUUUGCAUAGAUUUUGGCAUCGCUAUUUAGCAGUGAAAUGGGCCUGAAGUUUUUACAAUGAUCUUUAUUUUUGCCCGGUUUGGGAAGUGUGGAGACAUGUGCCAUUGUGACUUCUUCUGGCAAUGUCCCUUCCGUCAUGCAGUGGUUAAACAGUGCACUGAGAGGUUGAGCUAGGGUGUUAAGGAAGGUGCGGUAAUAUUUAUUAGUCAGGCCAUCAGGUCCCGGUGAUUUGUGUAGUGGGAGCGUGGAGAUCACAGAGGCGAUCUCUUCGGUCGUGAAGGGUUUGUUAAGCUGUUCCGCCUCUGUAUUAGAUAAGGUAGGGAGGUCGAUUCCUGAUAGGAAGGUAUCAAUAUCUGCUUUAGAGGGGCAGACUGUCUGUGGGUCAUCUUUUAGAUUAUAUAGUUUUUCAUAAUAAUGGGCAAAUUCGUCUACUAUCCCCUGUGGGUCUAGAAUUGUGGAGCCCUUGGAACUCUUGAUGGAGGCAAUCUUGGAGUUAGCAGUCCUCUGUUUCAAUUGGGCAGCCAGCCGUGCUCCCGCUUUGUUGCCUGUAGCAAAAAAGCCGUGUUUAAACCUGCGCAUGAGGAAUGUGGUUUUGGCCAGUUCCAAAUCUCUCAGCCGCGAUUGUAAGAGCAAUAAUUUAGUAUGUGUGGCUGCUGUGGGGGUGUGUUUGUUAGUGUGGGUUAGAGAGGUUAAUUCGGAAAGUAUGGCCGUGUAUGAUUCUAGUCGCUUUUUUUUUGCGUAGCUGGCGUGCUUGAUGAAGCAACCUCUUAUGAAGGCUUUGUGCGCCAUCCAUAUUUGGGGUAGAGGUGAGUCUGGGGUUUUGUUUUCUUUAAAAUAAAACUGUAGAUCUUGUUCUAUUUGGUUAACUAUGGCAGGGUCUGAAAGCAAUUGUUCAUUGAGUCUCCAACUGCUUCUUCCUGUGUUGGGGAAUUGUUCUCUGAGUUGUAGUGUGAUAGGGGCAUGGUCUGACCAUGUGAUAAGACCUAUGUCUGUGCGCUCAACCUUUAUGAUGGAGGAGGUGCGGACAAGAAAGACAAGCCAGACAAGAAACAACAUAUUUUCAAACCUUUCUAUGAAAUCUUAUCUCAGGAGGAGCUCUGACUGUUAUACACCUGUUACUGACGACUUUCUAGAUUGCAUGUAAAAUUGUUUGGCCCUUGUAAGUUCCAUUAGCCACUUUAUAUAUUACAAUUAAGAUUUUCCAAUAAAACAUUAAUUUUAUAGUGCAUGAUAUACACAAUAUGGUUUGUUUUUAAUUAAAAUUAUCUUGCAUUUUAUUUUUUUCUUGGGUUCAGAUUCUUUCACAGCUGCUAUGCUUUUCCAUAAACAUUGUCAGCUCCAUAUUCUGCGGUCACCUGGGCAAAGUAGAACUGGAUGCUGUAACACUUGCCAACGCAGUAAGUUUGAAAAUGACUUUUUUUCUCUAUUAUUCAAAGAAGAGAGGCAGUAAUUGUAAUUAGUUACUUAUGAAGAGAACUGAAAGUAAAAUCAAUUGCUCAGCACACAGUUACUCGUUUGACUGUAAAGAUUCAUGCUAAAGUUUUACAGCUAAUAUAUCAACCUUAAAAGGUCAUUUAAGCGCUUUAACAAAUUUGCAUUAUUGCAAAGGUAAUGGUGCACAGAGUACCCUACACCCAUGUUUAACUCAUAGAGUGGCUUACAGAUGCAGUGAUUUGUACAAAUCAAUUAAUUUUAACCUAGCCAUUCAGAGCUGCAAAAUCAGUAGACUGAUAUAAUGCUGCCCAAUAUCAAUUUUGUCCAAGCCGUGUGCAGCAUGCACACACCCCAUGCAGGCUCUAGCUCUACAGAUAGAUGUACCAAACACUUAACUGGGCUGUAGGUAAACUGCUAGCAAUCACAGUAUGGCUGCCAUAUGUUUAUAGACCAGUUCCACCCAUGGAGACAUGAAAAAUCCAUUAUGAUUAUUAUUGUCCAUUUCUGAUGCUUAGGUAAAGGAACACUCUGAAUACAUAACAUAUUUUAGUUUGCUGAAAUUGUUAUUUUGUUAAUGGAGUGUUCAUUUAUUCAGGGUCAUUUAUAAAGUUUUAUACUGCAGGGCUGUAUUUCAUAGAACAUUGCGCAACCACUACUGACUACAUUUUGCUCACAUCCCUGAAGAAUGCAUAUUCUAUAAGAAUAGUCAGUGCCUUCCACUAAUAUUGGCACUCUUGAUAGAGCUAAGAAGAAUGUGAAAAUUUUUAUUGAUUAUGUAACCUUUUGAUCUUUUGUUAACAAAAACACACAAAAAAUACUUUGCUCUCGUGGAUAUCAAAAACUUGCAAGCACCACACAGGUUUAUCAAAAUAAAUAAAGAAAUCUUUAUUAAAUACAUAUGUGGCACAAUAGUAGGCACCCCUAUGAAUUCAUAUAAGAAAAUUAUAUUUGAAGUAUAUUCCCAAUCAGGGUCGGACUGGCCCACUGAGAUACCAGGAAAUUUCCCGGUGGGCUGGCAUACUAUAGGGCUGGUGCACACCGGCCCGCAAUUACAGGGUGACCGACAGGAGGAGAAGCGCUCCCUUCCUGCCAGUCACUGAAUGUAGCAUGCUUGGCCACCACAAGGUAUGAGGAGGGGAGGGGAAGGGAGGAAUAAUGAGACACUGGGAGGUAGAGGCGAGCUAAUAAGGCGCAUGAGGAGCUAGGAGGGAGGCUGGAAGGGAGACUAAUAGGACACAUGGGAGGCUGGGAGGGAGGCUUAUGGGACACAUGGGAGGCUGGAAAGGAGACUAAUGGGGGGCUGGGAGGGAGGCUUAUGGGACACAUGGGAGGCUGGAAGGGAGACUAAUGGGACACAUGGGGGGCUGGGAGAGAGACUAAUGGGACACAUGGGGGGCUGGGAGGGAGACUAAUGGGACACAUGGGGGACUGGGAGGGGGGCUAUAUAGACACUGGGAGGGGGACUAAUGAGGGGAUGGGAGGCAGAGCUAAUGUGACACAUGGAGGGCUGGGAAGGAGGCUAAUGGGACACAUGGGGGCUUUGAGGGAGAGCUAAUGGGACACAUGGAUGGUCACUCAGAUGGCCACUAGAACAUGGCCUAUGUUGAGCAUCUCCACGCUCUGUAUGUAGGCACUAAAUGCUCCCCAUAGAGAUGCAUUGAUUCAAUGCAUCUAUAUCAGGAGAUGCUGAUUGGUGCAGCGAAGAGUAGAAUUUUGCCACACAUGCACAAUAGCCUCACAAUGCUUUCCUAUGGAAAAGCAUGGAUUGGCUGAGAUCAUCAAAUUUGAUGAUCUCAGCCAAAGUGAAGAGCACACUCUUAUUACUUCAAAAUAAACAAGAUAACAUAUAUUUUUUUACUGCGGUGCAAUUGCAUACAUUCACCAUUUCAGUCCCAUUACCAAACUUUUCUUAAUAAGUCAAGGUAGUUGCACUGAGAUAUUGAUUAUAUGCAAAUGCACGUCUGCUUAAAAUAAAUUUGCUCUUUUGUUAAUUUUGAAGCCCUAUGAGUGCUUUUUUUCACGUUUGAGUAAGAGUUUUCAGGGGGUUUUUUUCCGCUUCCAUAUUUGCACACUAUGAUGGCGCAACGCAUUAUGGGUCUGGUAUAGAAUUUCUUUUCCAUGGCUGCUUUUCAUUGUCAGUCCGGCCCUGUUCCCAAUUAUAUUUUACAUUUUUUAGUACACCUGUGUGAUUUGCAUCUGGAACAGGAAGUAGUUCAAACAUGACUUCCUAUUUCAUAUGGGUAUAAAUAUUAGGUAACACAUAGGUCAAAUUAUUCUAGUCAUGCAUCACAGUGGGUAAGACCAAGGAAUAUAACGUAAUUUGUGCUGUUUGUAUUUUAAUUAUCGUGUUUAGUUGUUACAUAAAAUGGCCAAUAUAGUCCAAAAUACGCAUAAGUAGUCUAGAACAUCCAUAUUUACAUAGGUUAUUGAUCAUUUAUCUUGGGAUUUCCUUUUCUUUCUUUGUUUAUAGGUUAUUGCUGUGACUGGGAUUUCUGUGGGCCUAGGGCUGGCUUCAGCAUGUGACACACUCAUAUCGCAGGUAUUCAACUAAGAGUUAUAUUUCCUUUAUGUAUGUUGAAAUAAUAAAUACAAAAAGUGUAUGGCUCUCAAGCUGACUUCUGAACAGUACUCAUGUAAUCCAUUUUCCAGAUGUGCAAACCAGGAAACAAACUGGCACAAUAAUUUAAUUUAAUUGAGCUUCCAUGAAGCUGAAGGGUUAACAAAGCUAUUAAAAUAAUAUACGAUGGGAUCUGUGAGAGCCCCAGCCUGUAAUAAGAGAGAGCUAAUCAAACCACAAUUAGGCAAAUACAGGUCUUUUCCUCUCUCCCUGCCACCCUGUGUUACAGAAGAUGAGAUAGAAGAUUGCAGAGUAGAUAGAGGAAUAGUAUAGAAGAUGUCCAAGCAACUUCAUCAAGUAAGUAUUUUUUUUUUUUAUGGCUUAUUUAUUUAUAUGUUUGUUUAUUUAAGAUUUACUGCCUUCCUCUUAAAUAUUUAUUAGAUGUAGAGAGUAGAAAAGGUAAUUGAUAUGGGGGUUGGGUAGCCUUGAGUACUCAUAGUUGCCAGGGUUUAUUGGUUAACAGGACUAUAGAGAUUGGGUACUUUCUGGUCCUAUAUACAUUAAUGGGACUAGAAGAUUUGGGCAUCGUCUGAGAAAUUUUGACCUUUAGAAUACCUCACACACUACUUAGACCGUUAUAACAUUACUAAGAUAAUUUAUUUAUUCCGGUCCCUGAGUAUAUUACUCGCCGUUCUUGUACUGUAUAGCAAUUUUGGUUUCUCACUAUUAGGUGACUUUGACCGUUAGGAACACCUUUCUCCUGAUAGGUUUUACUAUUGAGACUUAGUAUCCCUCUAUUGCUCCCACUAUAAUCACGGUGAAGUUUUCUCUUUGUUUACAGAGACAAGUUACAUUUCUUGUUUCAACGUUUAACUAAUUGACGAUUUCAGUUACGGAUAAGGGUAUUACACAUUAUCCGGAAUACUGAAAUUUUGUCGUAUACAAGAUUAGUCUAUAUAUUUUAGCACAGUUAGCUGUUCUAAAGUGUUACAUUAUACCUCACUUAUAACUGUUUCUUUGUAUAAAAUAAAAUUCACUUUGUAACAUUUUUCUCAGCUACAGUAGUAUUUCUGCUUGCUGGUGAUUGCAAAACUCAGUUUUGCUAACUUAUUUUGGGUUUGGAUUUCUGAAAACUUUAGAACAGAACCUCCCAACUAUAUUAUCUGAUAUUUUUAGCAUCGAGUUAAUACAUGGUAUUUUGAAUAUAUAUAUAUCUUUCCACUGGCAUUUUUAGCAUAGAGUCAAUAUAUGGUAUUUUGGAUAUAUAUAUCUUUCCACUGGUCUUUUGCCCCCACUACAGUAUCUCUGGGGCUUUUUUCACUAGUGGGAAAGAUUACCUUUUGCAUUAUAGACUUUUUUUCUCCAUAUUGACUCUUUACAAUAUAGAAUAUUGGUAUUAGAUAUUUAUCCUUACACAUUUUCUAUUUUAAUGAAUUCAUUAAAAGUUAUAUUUUAAUCAUUAGGUCACUCCUUUCUCUUCUUUCUUUAUUAUUAUAGGUUAUAUAAAUAGUUAACACAGGCUUAACUCAAGUUAUAUUUAUAACAUAAGCACAAAACAACCAAAUCAAAGGAAAUUUCUAAAGGACAGGAUCAGCAAUCUUUGGCUGGUAAAAAGGUAGGAAUAAAAAGAUGCAAGAAAGAGUGAAACUGAGAGAAGGAGAAAAUGUGAAGACAAAGAAGUUGAAAAGUUGGGAUAGGCAAGGGAGCAUUAAUAGAAAAUUAACUUGAGAGACAAGAGCAAAGAGGAGUGAUACAGGGAUAGAUCAUCAUGAAGGAAGUCAUGUGAAAGAAUACAAUAAGGGAUGGCAACUUUUAGCCUGGGGCACAAGUACAAACAAAUGACCCUUUUACGUUCACAGAUCUGAGUGUGAAUGGUUCUACUCAUGAGGAGCAUGUGACAUAUGGAUUGACUGAUGGAGGUUGAUGGAGUUGUGAGGUCUGGCAUCAUAUAUCCAUAAAACAAUAUAUAAAGUGUCAAGGCAUAUCUAAUUCUCCAAAAUGUAGACUUUAAAAAGAACAGGCCACCAUGACAAUUAUAAUUAAACAAUUACCAUACAGCCAAAUACUUAAGUGAUAAUAGAAUGCUUUCUAAUCUAACCAAGUUCACGGCCGCAAUGUAGCAACCAGGAAACACUGCUCCGAGAGCAAGGGAUCUUGUGACCCCCACACAGGUAAAGACUUUCCACCGUGACCAUAUUGUGUUGCCAUGGAGAUGGAUGUAGAAGACUCUAUAGAGAUAAUGCCCACAUAAAAUACUUUGAUUUGUUACAAAUAGUUAGACACCAUAUAUAUUUAGCAAUUUUUAUUAAAAAAAAACCAAAAACACAAAAAUUACAAUUUAGGCUAGAAAUUUUAAAUAUUUUUAAAAUCGGCAAUACAUUGUUUUUUUUCUCAGAGCAGAACUAUAAUUAUCACAAUUUGUAUGUGAUAAAUAUUAUAUUAAUAUUAUUAUUUAAUAUAUUAAAUAUUAGUAUUAAUGUCAAACAUCCCUGUCACAAAAGUAUAGCACAUAGAUAGGAAAAAUAAAUCCUAAUCCAAAUUCAACUAUAAUUCCUUCUGUUUCUUAAAUAAAUAAAAAAAAAUGAAGAGAAACUAACCAGUGAUUACAAUUAAAUCGUAUUAAGAGAAUUAUAUAAAUCAUAUAUCAUAUAUCCCUGCAACCUCCAUCUAUAUAACCUACAUAGCACGCUUUAGGCAGCUCUUAAUGUUGAUAAUGUCAUGGAACAAGACUGAACGUGAUGGAUUAUCACUUAAGGUUAGAGUAUUCUGUAAAUUCUGUUUGUUUUUUUGUAUGUCUUUUAGAUAUUUGGCAGCAAAAAUCUAAAACUUAUUGGAGUUAUUGUGCAACGUGGAAUCCUUAUCCUGAUGCUUGCUUGCUUUCCAUGCUGGGCACUGUUUGUUAACACAGAGAACAUUCUAUUAUUCUUCAGACAGGACCCAAGGGUGGCCCGGUAUGACAAGUUUACAUUUUUAAUCUAUUCCUAUUGUUUUUCAAAAUAUUUUCUUUACACAGAACAUAUGUCUUGAAUGAAUGAAUUUCCCAAAUUUUCAUUCCCUUAACGUACACUGAUUUGUUUUGGUAGCUUCUAAAAGAGCUACUGAAAGUAAGUGACUAGUUAUGUAAUGUUUCUGACAAACGGUUAUUAUAAAAUCAUCUUUACUAUUCCUAUAUCUAUUAAUUGUUUUCUAAAAUAAAAACAAAAAACUAAGAAUGCUUAAAGAGGCAGUGUAAGAAACAUAGCAAUUUUUCUUUAUUGCAAAGUUUAUUGUUAAGAGUGUACCAAAUACCAUGUACAGCUAUGAGAGUCUUAUAAUUUCAGUGAAACAUAAAUAUCUUUAUAAUUAUAAGACAGCCCCAAGAGCUGUCUGCCAGGCAGCUGGAAUUCUCAGCUCUGUCUCCUUAAUGUCAAUAUUGUCCAACUUGUACACAGAUUCGACUUAUCUCCCCUAAAUAUGAGCUGGGCUGUGUGUUGUCACAUGUUUGAGGUGAAUGUAACAUGUUUGAGGGCUCAGUAUACAGAGAUUCGGACAAAACACAGUCACUUAACUUAAAGUCUUUAGUGAUAAAACGAAUGACAUUAACUGAAAAGUCCAAAAACAAUACCCAAUAGUGCAAAGCCAGGAUCAGCAAAGUAAAGUCUUAAUAAUUAGGUAUUCACGGUAGGAUCAGUGAAACAAAAGUAUAAAGUCUUUGGUUGUUUAAACAAAUAAGCAAAGCAUUACCAGGUGAUCCAAGACCAGAUCAGACAGGCAAGGGUGAACCAACGCUGGUUCAGGCAGGCAAAGGUGAGCCAUGACUGGUUCAGACAGACAAGGGUUAACCACAGCUGGUUCAGGAAGGCAAGAGUGAAAAAUGGUUGGUUCAGGCAGGCAGGGGUUAACCACAGCUGGCUCAAAUAGGCAGCAGUUAACCAAGGCCGUUAAAGGAGGGCAGGGUGUAACCAAUGCCCAAUGCAGGAUCAGACAUCUGAGAGUUUACAAGUACAUCUGAGCAAGGAGCCCAGUGUGGCCUGGGUUUAAAUAGGGGAGAGGGAAUGGGAGCCCUCCAAUGAGGAAGGGUCUCUGGGUCCAUAUAAGUGCAGGCCCCUCUGGGAGAGAUGGUGUCCACGCCCCCCUAUGCAGGUGGGAUGCUAUGUACAUUCAUCUCGCUGAACCCCAUGCUGCUCCUAUACAUGCUGAGAUUGAUCCCCUAGGGUUCUGUCAUUAUGAGUGGAUCCUGGAGCAGUGUGGGAGACACUGAGCAAGAAACCAAACAGAUUCACAAUCAUUGUGGACAUAAGUGGAAUUGCUGGCAUGCCCUUUUAGGCCCAGCCAUACCCACGGAAUUAAUAAAGGCACACAUCUCAGGAUGUUUGGAGAUGCUCCACAAACAGUGCAUACACAAACAAAGCACAUUUUUAACCCCAUAAGGAUGGCGAGCAUUCUAUGCAGUCCUUUUUUAGGCGGUCCUAAUCGCCGGCGGGCAGCAUAGAGCGUUCCCGCAGUCCUUCAUACUUGCACUUGCAGAAAUGCAUCGAAAAGUUCCCAAAAGUCCCAAAACCGCUGUAAAAUAUUUCCAGAAUAGCUCCAAAACUGCAAAAAGUUGCUCUAACACCUCCACACUCGGCACCACAUGCUACCCACAGACUACAGAAUGCACGGGGGUGGCGCUAUAAACCUCCCAGGUGCAAUGCACCCUGGGAAAAAAAAGAAAAAGGAAACCGGGGCAUUAUUUUCAAUGGAUUUUCAUUUGUAAACUGAAAAUUAUGUUAACCAAGAAGUUUGUAAACCGAGGUACCACUGUACUUAGAUCAUAUAUUUGUAUAUAUAUAUAUUUAUAUAUAUAUAUAUACACACACACACACCUUGUUCCAAAUUAUUAUGCAAAUUAUAUUUUUCUCAUUUACCUAAAUAAUUGAUGUAAAUAACAGUCAGCAUAAUUCUCAUGUUAUCAACUAUUAAGAGUACAAUUCAAAUUUUAUUGAACCAUCCUCCUAAUGAUAACAGAAUUUUUUUAAACAUAAAAAACUUACAAUGCACUGUUCCAAAUUAUUACGCACAGUAAGUUUCAAAACACUUUAUAGGUUGUAUAGAACUGAAAAUUGUCAUUUGUUGUGUUUGCAGCAUAUUUACUGAAAUCAAAAGCUAUUUCAAUCCAUCUUAUAACAACAUUUUAACUUUUUAAACAUUUUAACAGGUAACGUUACAUUUUAACAUAGGACCCCUUAUUUUAUCGCAGCUUCACAAGUCUUGCAUCUAUUGAACUUGUGCGUUUUUUGGACAGUUUCUGCUUGAAUUUGUUUGCAAGAUGUCAAAAUAGCCUCCCAGAGCUGCUGUUUGGAUGUAAACUGCCUCCCAUCCUCAUAGGUCUUUUGCUUGAGGAUGCUCCAAAGGUUCUCAAUAGGAUUGAGGUCAGGGGAGGAUGGAGGUCACACCAUGACUUUCUCUUCUUUUAUCCCCAUAGCAGCCAUUGAUGCAGAGGUAUUCUUUGCAGCAUGAGAUGGUGCAUUGUCAUGCAUGAAGAUGGUUUUAUUACGGAAAGCAGCUUUAAAUAUCUGUUUGUUGCUAUGUAAUGGUAUUUUAGCAGCUGCUCUCUUGAUCCGAUGCAUGGAUCUGGCAGAAAUCUUCCUCAAUAUGCCUUUAUCUGCACGAACCCGUCUGUGCUCUGAAUCAGCCACAAAUCUCUUAAUAGUGCGAUGAUCGCGCUAAAUUGGGCUCACCUGGCAAUUUAAUUAUCACAGGUGUCCGAGAUUGUUUUCAGUGAUCAAAAGAGCCCUGAGACACAAUGCCAUCCAUGAGUUAAACUGAAAAACAAAAUAUUUAAUCUUUGUGACACUUACAUCGAAUUUGCAUAAUAAUUUGGAACAGGGUGUAUAUAUAUGAUCUAAGUACUAUUAUAUACACAUACAUAUAUCAUUAAUAAAAGUGUAUUUUAAUAUCUAUAUAAUUAUAUAUAUUAAUAUUAAAAUACAUUUAGAAUGACGUUAAUAAUUAUAUAUAUUUAAAAAAAAUUAAAAUAAUUAAUAAAUAAAUUGAAUAUAGAAAAGAAAGAAAAUAAUAAAAAUACAUUUUUUAAAAAUUAUAUACCGGUUUCAAUUUCUUCUAACUGUAUUUUGAUACGAAUAUACAUAUAUAUUAAAUUCAAAAUACAUUUAGAAUGAUAUUAAAAUUACAUGUAUGUAUCUAUCAAAUCUAUAUAUUAUAUAUAUAUAUAUAUAUAUAUAUAUAUAUAUAUUAUAUAUAUAUAUAUAUAUAUAUAGAGAGAGAGAGAGAGAGAGCUAUAUAUAAAAAAUAUAUUUUUUAAUUAUAUAUAUAUAUUUAAAUUCUACAAAUAUAUUUAUAUAAUAUUUUGACAUAAUUAAAUCAGACAACCCAGCCAGAAAGUCCAGAUAAUUUAGCUUGCAAACCCUGUAUUUAUUAUUUAACCCUUUAACUUUCCAGGACACCAUAAAGCCUGUACAUUGGGGGUAUUGUUUUACUUGGGAGAUGUCGCUGAAUACAAAUAUUAGUGUUUUAAAAUAGUAAAACAUAUCGUCAGUAAAAAUGCAGUUUUACAUUUUUCACACACAAACUACUUUUACUGACUAUAUAAUUGUUGAUCCGGUUUACUAUUUUGAAACACUAAUAUUUGUGUUUAGCGAAGUCUCCCGAGUAUAACUGUACCCUACAUGUACAGGUUUUAUGGGGUUUUCAAAAGUUACUGAGUCAAAUAGAAGGCUUGAAUUUCCUUUUUUUGACAUUGAAAUUUGCCCGAUUGGUUAUGUUGCCUUUGAGAUCAUAUGGUAGCCUAGGAAUGAGAAUUACCCCCAUGAUGGCAUACCAUUUGCAAAAGUAGACAACCCAAGGUAUUGCAAAUGGGGUAUGUCCAGUCUUUUUUAGUAGCAACUUAGUCAGAAACACUGUCCCAAAAAAAAAAAGUUUUUUGCAUUUUUUAAUGCACAACAAAUAUGAACGCUAACUUUAGCCAGUGUUUGUGACUUAGUGGCUACUAAAAAAGACUGGACAGGGGGCGGGGCCUGACUGCAGAGAUGAGAGGAAGCAAACCUCAAAAGCUCCUGCUGCAGGCAACAAUUAAAGUGAACUUUCAUUGCCCAAACAACAAUUUAUUGAAGCGGGACAGUCACCAAACAAAAGGCGACAACCAGCAGCACAAAUUGAUACCACUUACAAGCCGUUUGGAGCAACAUUUGCCUGAUAGGAGUCUGAGGCCUACAAGCAUGGCGAGUGCAGGGGAGAUGGCCGCUCCUCUGCCACCAUGACCGACUGAGCUUCUCUGUACCCGGGUCCACAUUACCCCCCCAUGGACCAGCGGGGGUCAUCCCGGUCUACCCUCAAAACGUGAGCACUCACCCACAACUUGAAUUAGGUCGCAAGGCUGACUGGCGGGAGACACGAGGACUCACUAAGAUGGCUGACGGCACCCCCGCCCACACAACACAAGCACCCAAUGACUGGGCCGCAGCUUUCCAGACGAGGUUCGAUGCCAUAUGCAGGCAAUUCUGGGACCGUCUGGAGGAUCGACACCAGCCGCCAACGUCACCACGGGCCAGUGGAGGGACCAAGGCACCUGCAGCAUGGGAGCCAGCCAGAGCUCCAUACCCAGACCAGCGCAAGACCAAGGUGCAGCCAGAGGGGCCCCAACUGGGCAAAGCUACAGCUAAGCCGACGAAAAAAAAAAGAAUGACAGCCUGGCUGGGAUGAGAGUCAUAAGGAGUAAGACCCCCACAAGCCACACACACCUGCAGAAGAGAGCAAAUUACCCACGGAAGCGCCGAAGUGCUGCCCUACGCAGCCCCACACCGGGGAAGGACCAGGCCUCAAAACGGCGACGGGUCCGUGAAAUGGUGAUACCGGCUCUCACAGAGUCUCAGGGAAUGAAGGGUGCCCCACCUUGAAUACACAGAGAAGCCCAUGUGAACACAGAGGGUCCCGAGGUGCGGACGGGGGGACUCACUGACAUCCAUCCACACCUGCACUCACAGCCUCCAGACGGGGCAUCGGAUGAUCUAUUACCCAGCAGCUCCCAGGGACUAUGUGGCAACACAAAGCUGAGGCGUUGGCUGACAGUGCCAAUUGUUCCUGGGCACGGUAUCCAUGCCACCCGCUAGGACAUGCAACAACAGCUUAACCCGUCUGUACCCAGUCAAACAAAGCUGUUGACUAUGUGCUUAAACUUUGUUUUUGUAUUUUUUAUGUUUAGGUGUCCUUAGUUGCCUGCCUAUGCCAAUACAUGCUAUAUUAGAAGAGAGGUGUUAUAUGACUCCAGCUAGCAUGUUAUACGAUUCCAGCCAGCAUGUUACCCAACCCCAGGCAGCAAUAGAGAGCCCAGCAUAGCCUAUACAACUAGACACUAGCUCCACUGAACUCACUCAGACUAACAAACAAAUCAGUGAGUCAGGUAUUAAACCUGCUAAUAGCUUGUUUUUAUCUAUCUACAUAACCAGUGAUGGCGUACCUAACCUGUUAUUAUACUCCUAGCCAGCAUGUUAUGCGAUUAAAUCAGUGUCCGCGAGUCUAGCAUGAUCUCCACAUAUGUGAAUGAGUCUCACCAAUUCCUGCUAUCAUAUUUUGAAUUUUCCUGCAUGUUUAUCUACUUACUAUAAAAUUGUGCACAUAUAGGCCCUCUAACGCAAAGUUUCGUUUAAAUGUUGUAGCGGAACGCCAAUAUUAAAUCCACGAAUUCCGCUGGUUCAGGAAGUAAUCCACAGUCAAGCGCUGGAAACAACAAGGCAAUAUCCCAAACCUCCCAGUAACUGGACGAAACACAGUUCUGAGAGUCAACUGAGGUCUUUUAAUUCUGCUUCACAAUUUAUACAAGUCCCCAUGCAAGGGGUUUCCUGAGUCCCUUCCCAGGGACAUUCCCAGAGGGGACUACAUGGGGGACUUAUAGUACAAAGCAUUUCUCCCAUCAGGCACUGCUGCACGAGAGGGAUCCUCCUCCUGGAAUAUACUGUUAAGUGGAUUAUCCCUCCGUGCAGCAGAACCGACAAUUUAUAUUAAAACACAUAACUUUUCGAAUAUGCAGUCUAUUUGCACGAAUGGACGUUCGGUAGAUAGCUGGGGUCUGAGCGCAUCAUUCGUGAGAUUACCGCUCAGAUCCCAGCUAAAACAACCGAACGCCGCACAAAAACACAUUUAUUGAGAAACAUAUUAAAAAGACCGAUUGCCUUCCAGGGUAUGAAAUACCGAACGGCCCGGAACUCCCGAACGUCCUGGAGGCUCAGCGGUGUUCGCGCCGUCGAGUAGCCAUUUUUAGUACCAUGCACUCGACGACCUAACACCGCUGAAGGCACAAAGGAUCCAAGAUGGCCGACCGCCGCAUGGUCGGUAGUCAAACGGCGGCCACCUAGGAGAGCCUCUACUUACCGAUUGCAACAUUGUUGCAAUCGGUUAACAAGCGCCACACGCCUCUAAGUGUGUGGGCUAUUAUGUGUAGGGUUUUCGGUUCACGAACGGCCCGCCAAAGUGCCGUUUGUGAAACAAAAGGAAAACCUCAUACAAAUAGCUAUCUGCAUUCGGCGGAUAGCAAAUACAGGGAAUACACAGUUAUUACAGCCCGCAUACAUUGUACAUAGAUGAACACAUAUCCCCACCGACAUAUAGGCAACCCUUAAAGGUAUAGUCUCUUGAUAUAGUCCAAGUGGCUAGGUUUGCCACAAAUGUGUUAUAUGACUGUUUUGCCGCUCGAAUACCGGAAGCAUUGACAGUUAGAUUAGCCUAUCUUAGAACAGUUAACUGUAUAGCAUUAUCCAGACUAGUCAUGCUGCCAGAUCAUACGCAACAUUAAGUUGCAUCACAGUUACUCUUAUAAUGCCCACUACAUUAUGCAUACUGAUGUUACUGCUUGUCACUCUGGUGACUUACAAUUAGAUGUAUGUACCUAGCUUGUUUAUUUUCUUACAAAUACAAAAAAAUGUGCCAAUAAAAAAAAAGAAAAGACUGGACAUACCCCAUUUGUAAUACCUUGGGUUGUCUACUUUUGCAAAUGGCAAGCCAUCAUAGGGGUAAUUUUCAUUCCUAGGCUACCAAACGGUCUCAAAGGCAACAAAACCAGUCUGGCAAAUUUCAAUGUGUAUAAACUGAAAAAUGUAAUGUGCUAUAUUUGACCAUGUAACUUUCCAAAUUACACCAUAAAACCUGUACAUUGGGGGUAUUGAUUUACUCAUGAGACAUCGCUGAAUACAAAUAUUUGUACUUUAUUGCAGUAACAGUUAACAGUAUUGUGACGAUUACAGUUAAAAUGCCAUGCAAAACUAAAAAAAUAACAUUUCUUAAUUUCUCAAAUUUUUAAAUAUUGUAUUCAUAUUAAAUUAUGUUUAAUAUACAAAUAUUUGAUGUUACAUGAAAACCCUGUUUCUCCUGAACCAAAUUAUAUAUGAUAAGUGUGGGUGCACAUAAUAUGAAAAAGAGGAAUUACGUCUGAACAGACAUAUAGCGCAAAUUCAGGGUUUUGUUUAUGUUUUGUUUUGAUCACAACUUGUUCAAUGGCCUUAGUCAUUAAGGGGUUAACUCAUUAGUAUUUAGAGCAAUAACCUUUGAUAAUUCUCGUCUCCUCUGGGCCUUCUCAUUGACAAUAUUUUUAUGCAUAUUCUUCGGUACAUUAUUUCUUGUGUGAGGUUAAGAGAGUUGAGCCUGGAGCAGUGAGGGGAUCCUUAUGUUCCACAUGCCCUGAUCUUAGUCCUGCUGAGGCUGAAUAGUUCAUUAUUAAUAAUUAUAAUUUCAUAGUUUACAAGUAUGAAUAAUAAUGGUUUUUGAAGGUGCCUCGUAGUGAUGAAAGGUCAUGCAUCUGUAGUCAUUAAUAAUCUGACAUUUAGUUUUCUGAUUACAGCAUGGCAGAAGAUUACGUCCUGUGUUUUAUUCCUGCUCUCCCAGUAAGUUCAUUUCAACUUUCCUAUAUUCUGCAAUAUACAUAAUUGUGUUGCUGUUCUGGUCUAUUAUUUACACAUACUGCUCUAAUCAAAAUAUAUCUAAAACUUAUGCAGAGCAUAAUUUUAAUGAUCUCCUAAUAACACACAUAUAUAUAUAUAUAUAUAUAAACACACACACACACACACACACAAGCGCACAAUCACUAAAUAUACAAUAAUAAAAAACUUAAAAUGUAAAACCAAAUAAUUCAGCAGCUCCACAUAAUAGGAAUAUUUUCUAAUUCUCAAUAAUCCAAAAUGCACAACAAUAUGUGGAAGUGCUUAGUGAAUAAGCCUUUGAAUACAUAAAUAAUGAUUACACUUGACAAUCAAUAUAUAAAAUAAAUCUCUGUGUAAGUUAUUUAAAAAUAAGUCCAAUAUACUGUAUAAUCCUUGACAGUACUGGUUUAUAGCCGGGAGAUAGGGUGUUCAGAUCCUAAUUUUCAGUAUAUCCAACUUGCAGUGAAAUUCUCCAUUCCACACAGUGUAUCAAUAUCCUAAAAGAUACAGGGGAACAAAUAUGGUGUGAUACUGUUGAUUUAUUGAAACUUCCCAACCUGUGCCCCUAAUAGGAACUCUUACACUAUAUUUGUGUGGUUACCAUCUCCACUAAUCACAAAAAAGGCAUUCACAAUAUUCCAAUAGUUAAACGAGUUACCGCUCCACCGGUGUAUUUCGUUCCACCAGUCUCAUUCUAAACACCUGAGUGGGUGUUUGAAAGCCGGAGAGACGCUGCAGCUCCUCACCAUUGAUCUUGUUAAUGUUCAGGAGCUCAGAAGACAUUUCUUCAUCAAUGUGUUUCGCCAAUGCACUAUGGGCUUUCUCAAGGUAAUUUUGUGGCUAUAAGCCAGUACUGUCAAGGAUUAUACAGUACAUUGGACUUUUUUUUUUUUUUUUAAGUAACUUACACAGAUAUUAAUUUUAAAGGAUCCCUAUAGGGUCAGAAACACAAACAUGUAUUCCUGAUCCUAUACUGUUAAAACCACCAUCUAGCCCCCUGGGCCCGUCAUGCCUCCAGAAAUAUAGCAAAAUCUUACUGUAUUCAAGUCUGAAGCUGUAACACUGCAGGCUGUUUGCCUCAGAAAAACAAGCAGUCUGCUGACAUCAGAAGAGGUGGCCUGAUCCAAUCACAAUGCUUCCCCAUAGGAUUGGCUGAGACUGACAAAGAGGCAGAUCAGGGGCAGAGCCAGCAUGAUUCAAACACAGCCCUGGCCAAUCAGCAUCUCCUCAUAGAGAUGAAUUGAAUCAAUGCAUCGCUAUGAGGAAAGUUCAGUGUCUGCAUGCAAAGGGUGGAGACUGAGGGUAUUAUAAUAUUAAGGGAAUAAAUAAAUAAAAUUAAAUAAAUAAACUAUUUUAAAAAAAAUUAAAACAAAUUAUAUAUACAUAUGUAAUUUUAUUCUAACUGUAUUUUGUUAUUAAUAUAUAUAUAUAUAUUGGUAACAAAAUACACUUAGAAUGACAUUCUAUAUAUAUCUAUAAAUAAAAUAUAAAUAACCGCAAAUAUAUAACCACAUAAAUAUAUAUAAUUACAUAAAUAACUACAUACGUGUACACUUAGACUUUAAAUACAUAUAUAUGUAUAUAUAUUAAAAUUCUACGUGUAUAUUUAAGUAAUCUUUUAACAUAAUUAUGUGAUUUAAUUAAUUAAAAUUUGAUUGACAUGCCUGACAACCAAGGCAGAAAGUGCAGAGCAUUUGAAUUGCAAGCACUCUAUUUAACCCUACAACUUUCCAAGACACCAUAAAAUCUGUACAUGGGGGGUACUGUUGUACUCGGAAGACUUCACUGAACACAAAUAAUAGUGUUUUAAAACAGUAAAAUGUAUUACAACGACGAUAUUGUCAGUGAAAGUUAAUUUUUUUGCAUUUUUCACACACAAAUGGCACUUACACGGACGAUAUAAUUGUUGUGAUACAUUUUACUGUUUUUAAACACUAAUAUUUGUGUUCAGCAAAGUCUCCCGAGUAUAACAGUACCCCUCAUGUACAGAUUUAUGGUAUUUUCAAAAGUUACAGAGUCAAAUAGAAGGCUUGCGUUUCAGUUUUUUUACAUUGAAAUUCGCCAGGUUGGUUAUGUUGCCUUUGAAAUUACCCCAAUGAUGGCAUACCAUUUGCAAUAGUAGACAACCCAAGGUAUUUCAAUGGGGUAUGUUUAGUCUUUUUUAGUAGCCACUUAGUCACAAACAUUGGACAAAAUUGGCGUUCAGAUUAGUUUUUUGCAUUUUUCACACACAAACAAAUAUUAACACUAACUUUAGCCAGUGUUUGUGACUAAGUGGCUACUACAAAAUACUGGACACACCCCAUUUGCAAUACCUUUGGUUGUCUUCUUUUGCAAAUGGUAUGCCAUCAUGGGGGUAAUUCUUAUUCCUGGGAUACCAUACGGUUUCAAAGGCAACUGAACCAAUCUGGCGAAUUUCAAUGUGAAAAAACUGAAAAAUGUAACAUGCUAUAUUUGACCCUGUAACUUCCCAAAACACCAUAAAACCUGUACAUAGGGGGUACUGUUUUACACAUGAGACAUUGCUGAAUACAAAUAUGUGUAUUUUAUUGCAGUAAAAGCAAACAGUAUUAUGACACUCACAGUUAAAAUGUCACGUAGAACUAAAAAAAAUUUUUAAUUCUUAUUUUAUUCAUAUUAAAUUAUGUUUCAUACCUAAAUAUUUUAAGUUAAAUGAAAGCCCUGUUUCCCCUGAAUAAAAUGAUAUAUAAUAAGUGUGGGUUCACAUAAUAUGAAAGAGGCGAAUUACGCCUGAACAGACAUAUAGCGCAAAUUCAAGUUUUUGUUUACAUUUUGUUUUGAUCACAACUUGUACAAUUGGCUCAUUCCUUAAGAGGUUAAAUAUACCUAAACCUAGGUUUAUGACAUCCUACAAACAUACAUGAAUACAUUUAAUCUAUCAAUUACUUUCUCUACAGGUUUCAUUUCUUUAUCAACUAGAAGGACGAUAUUUACAAAAUCAGGUAUAUUUUUUUAAUCACAAUACAAACCCCAAAUUACAAAUUAUGUAUGGUAAUGUUAAUUGCCUGGAAUAUUGUAAAUUUAAAAGCAAAACAGCUGAGCUGGAAAAAUAUAAAUCUUGGAGAAUACAAAUUUGGUCCAACAUUGAAAUUCCAUUUUCUUUUGACCCCAAUUCUAUGUCAUUGAAUAAACACCAGCAUUAAGGACAUGUUAAACUUGGAAUACAAUACAAUUAUUGAUAUUUCUUUUAGCUAAAUCUUUGUUAAAAGAAUGUUGGGGGUUUAUCUACUGAAUGUUGAAGAGUUGUAAAAUAAAAUCCAAAUUACAAACUUUAGGCUAAAAUAGCCAAGUUGUGAUUAUAGUUGACUUGCAGAAUUUUUCCAAAUUAGAUAAUUUUGGUUUAAUUUUGUCAUUCAGAUUGCAAUUAUCUACAAUUUGUUGUUUAGUGAUUAAAACCAUUAAGGCUCAUUUCCAUACAGAAAACAGUUGAUAAAUAUCAGCUGUUUUCAGCAGAUUUUUUUUAUUCAGAAUUUCAACUGUAUUUAAAAAAUGUGUCGGCUGCUGAGGGUAUUAUAAUAUUCAGGGGGAGGACCUAGUGUCCUAAUGUCCUCCCCCUAGUCACCACCCAUUGACAACAGAUUAAGGCCCUAAUAUUAAUAUUAAAGAGGGGAGGACUAAAUCGUUUAGUCCUUCACUAGCCGCCAAUGGGAGGGACGAUAGAUCCUCGCCCUAAAUUCAAUAUUAGGCUCACCACCUGCUAUGAAUGGGUGGGGGGCAGGGAGAAGACAUUGGCUUCUCCCCCUUGAUUGUGUUUAUUAGGGGCGCUAUUCAUCUCCAUUAGUGAUUUAAAAGUCUCCCACUCAAUAUCACCCUUGUUAUUUCACAGGCCCCAUGCCCAUGGGAUUGAGCGUUUCUAGUAACUGGGUAGCAAUAGCUGCCUGCUCACUAGGUUUAGAUAUUUUAGUACACAUGCCCCCAUCUACAUCAUGGCAUAGGGAGGUGUUAAACUUACCUUAUUGUAAUAUGCGGGUCUUAUUGGACCCCAUAGAUUUUUUUAUUUAUUAUUUUUAACUAUUUAAUGUAGUGGCUGGCUAGAGGCUGUUGGUGCUGCUAGUGGACAAAUAGCACUUAAAAUUAUUGUUUGCUUUAAUAAUUGCAAGUGAAUGAGAAUCUGCGAACAUGCAUCCUGCCGGAUGCAUUCGGUCCCAAAUGUUAUUAAUCUUUUAAAGCUUAGUCCUUAUACAGAAUUCUAAAGCAAAAUUUUAAUUUGGAAACCAAAUGGAUCCAAGCAAUUACUGCAGAUUCCCUCUGGCCGACACAAUUAGACCGAAUUAGGCUCUAGUAAAUAUCAGAUAUACCAAUGUGCUCAGAAUUUGGCAAUUUUCACUGGAUAUUGUCUAUCCGGACAAAAUCUGGUGUUUAGUGAAUAAAUGUGUACAUGGCGGUCAGUAUAAGUGGAUGUGACUAGCAUGCAUAUGUUAACCAAGGAUACUUGUUAGAUGUUGGUAUUAAUGUUUAACAAAAACAUUUUAAUGAAAAGCAUAGAAGCAAGCUCUUUUAAGCAGAGCCUUUGUGCUGUGCGUCUACAUUGUUUAAAGGACCACUAUAGUGCCAGGAAAACAGCCGGGCUGGAUGGAGAGGAAGGGGUUAAACUCUUUCUCCAGUGCCGGACGGGGAGCUCUCCUCCCUCUUCUCCUCCUCUUCGGCUGAAUGCGCAUGCGCGGCAGGAGCUGCGCGCGCAUUUAGCCAGUCCAUAGGAAAGCAUUCACAAUGCUUUCCUAUGGACGCUGGCGUCUUCUCACUGUGAUUUUCACAGUGAGAAACGCGGAAGCCCUCUAGCGGCUGUCAAUGAGACAGCCACUAGAGGCUGGAUUAACCCUAACAUAAACAUAGCAGUUUCUAUGAAACUGCUACAUUUAUAGAAAAAAGGGUUAACCCUAGAUGGACCAGGCACCCAGACCACCUCAUUAAGCUGAAGUGGUCUGGGUGCCUAUAGUGGUCCUUUAACAGUUAUUUGUAUGUUUUGUUUACCUUUUAUACAGCACUGUAAAAGAUGUAGGUGCUUUAUACAUAAAAUAAAUAAUAAAAUAUUUUUGUUCAAAUGUGUAAUUUAAGUCUGUUUUAGAUUUCUAAAGCUUUGGCACUGACCCCAGAUUUGUUUCACUUAUUUCUGGGAAAGCAUGAUUUACUGUCACUUUAAUGACGAUCUAAUUAAUUGAUGUUGUUUGUUACAGGGUAUAGUGAAGGCUCAAAUCAUUGUCAGCAUUGUAUCGAACAUCAUAAAUGCUAUUGUCAACUAUAUAUUCCUGUUUGUGCUGGAACUUGGAGUUAUGUAAGCACACUACUAAUGUUUUCAUCAGUUUAUUAUAAGGUACACAUUUACAACCUUGCUCUCUACUUGUUAUGAAGAUAACGAGGGCAUUAAUUAAUACAAUUAAUUUCAUCUAGUAAUUUAGAUGCAAGACUAUGCAGCAUUACCAAUGUAAAGAUAUGUGUUGCUCUCUUUUUACUGGCAUUAAGUAACACUCAAGUCCGAAUGGCCUCAUACUGAAUGGGGCAAAGCCAUAGGGCUUCAUAUUCAACAAUGUCCGGAUUUUGCAAUUCAGGCCCAAAAUUCAGAUUUUAGCUGGACAGAACACCACUGGACAGCUGACAUAUGGACCGGGAGGCUUCAUGUCUGGGCUUGAAUUUUUUUAAACAGAACUAGCAGCCAACAGGCAAGUAGGUAAAUAAACCUUGCCUGCACAAGGGUUAAUUAUGUGGACGCUGACCAGCGCUUGCAAGCUAGCUGCCACAUUAACAUAAAUAAAUAAAACCUAUGUGUGUCAAUAAGUCUUCCAUAUUACUAUAAUAGAGUUAUUUCACCUCUCUAUGCCCCCACCUGCAAUGUGGGCAUGUCUGUAAAACUUAAAACUAGCAACCUAGUGUCCCACUAUUUGGGGGUGGGUAAUAACAUGUCCAACCCCCCAUUGUUGAAUUAACCCCUUAAGGACACAACUUCAGAUAUAAAAGGGAAUCAUGACGGAAUAUUUCCGUCAUGUGUCCUUCAGGGGUUCCACCUGCCACCCAUGGGUUGUUGCUGGGGGGGACACUAGGUCCUCUAUUCUGAAUAUUACUAUUAGGGUCAGGGAUGGACACUAGGUCCCCUCCCAAUAUUAUAAUAGCCCCAACAUGCUGACCGCGCAUUAUUUUUUUUAAUGUCCCCCACCCAAUGCCCACACCCACAUUAUUUCCAUUAUUUUACAGGUCCUAUCCCCAUCCCCAGAAACACAAUGGUGCCAUAGGGUAUGAGAGUCACACAAUGGGUUAGGGGGUUGAUUGGUUCACAGUGGGGUUAGCUGGAGUAAGAGACACAAGAUAUGUCAGAUAUGUACACACAAGGAUUAAGGGGGCCAGAAGACACAUAAAAGGGUAAGGGGAGUUUGAAAGACACAGAAAGGGUUGGUAGGUUUAAGAGACACAAAAGUGGUUUAGCAGAUGCAAAGAAGGGGGUGAAGGGGUGCAGAGAGACACAAAGAAGGUUGGAAAGACUCACACAAAAUUUUACAUUUCCUGGGGGGUUCCAACAUACAAUUACGCCCAGGUGCCAAAUGUACGUCUCUGCUUUACUCCUUUGUUCCUUAUUCCCUACUCUAUGAUUUUAUUUACUUAAGUGAUUCCAUUAUGCCCUCGCUCUUCAUUUACUUUCUUGUCUUUCUCUUUUUUGUGUUUAUUUUGUCUCAAUUUAUCUGGUUGACUGUAGAUUUGCAUUUCAAGAUGUUGCCUUUUAGAAGUAUUACAAUAAGCAUGACAUCAAGUAUAAGUGGAUCUACUUAGGAAUGGCUGUUUUUUGUUAUUGUUAAUAUUAUUUUACAUAUUUUACAGAGGCUCUGCUUGGGCCAACACUAUAGCUCAGUUUUCCCAGGCUCUGCUUCUUUUCCUAUACAUACGUGUGAAGAAGCUCCAUGUACAAACUUGGGGAGGUAUGUACGCAACAUAACUGAAAAGAAAAAUAUAGCAUAUGAUAGUGGAGGGCUUUCUCUCAACAGAAGUCAUAAUGAAUAUAUAAUAUGGAACAAGAAUAUAUAUAUAUAUAUAUAUAUAUAUUUAAAAUGAUUAAAUCAGUUACGUUUGCCCUGCAUAUAUUGCAGUCUCAAGUGUCACAAGAUGCCUUUUUUUUCGACAUUUAUCUUUUUUUCUAGAUGUUCUUAGAUAUUAUUAUUUGAAUAUAUAUAGUGUUUUACAGUUAUAGGCAGUGGAUAUUUGAAGGCACUGUACAAACAAGUUUAUAAUAUACUCACUGGUAGAUUGCUGCUCAAACCAACCAAUAUAUUGGUAUAUAAACGGAUCUUCCACAACAUUAAAGUCACCUGUCUAAUAUUGUGUAAGUCGCCCUCAUGCUGCCAAAAUAGCUCUAUUGUGAUUAGACAUAGAAUCCACAAGACUUCUGAACAUGUCUUGUGGUACCUGGCAUUAAGACACUAGCAGCAUAUCCUUUUAGUCGCAAGUUGCGAGUUGGGGCUGCCAUGGAUCAGAUUUAUUGUUCCAGCACAUCCCAAAGAUGCUUAGUGGCUCCAUGGUUCUGAUGCUCACGUCUCCAUUGAAGUCGCUUUCAGCAGUGGACAGGGGUUAUCAUGUGUAAUCUGUCCUUUCUGCCUCUACACCCCACAUACGCAACAAACUGCGAUGCACUCUGUGUAUUGACAUCUUUCUGUUGUGGCGAUCAUUAAGUUUUUCAGCAAUUUGAGCUACAGUAGUUUUUGUGUGAUCAGACCACACGGCCCACCUUUCCUCCCUACAUGCAUCAAUAAAUCAAACACACAAAAAAAGGAAACCGCACACCUAUUAUGGUCCUGGGGUUGCCAGACAUGGGCUGGCUACCCCACUGCAUUAGUAAAGCAAAAGUAUGGUCCAGGCACUCAAGGAUGACUUGUGCACAGUAGCGUACACAUAAUCCACAGGGCCCCGGUGCAAAACUGAUCGGUGGGCCCCCUCCCCAUUCCCUCCCUCUCCCGCUCCCCCACCCCCCAACAGACACACACACACAUAUAUAUAUAUAUAUAUAUAUAUAUAUAUAUAUAUAUAUAUAUAUAUAUACACACAUAUAGACACAUACAGACAGACAGAUACAUACAGACACAUGCACACAUAAAUACAUACAGACACAUUCAUACAUACAUACAGACCGACACACACACAUACCAACAGACAGGCACACAUACACACAUACAGACACACACACAAGACACAUACAUACAAAGACACAUACAUACAAACAGACAGGCAUGCAUACAUACAGACAGACACACACACACACAUACAUACAGACACACAGACAGACACAUACAUACAGACACACACAUAUACAUACAAACAUUCAUACAUACAAAGACACAUACAUACACACAUACAUACAUACCGACACACACAACACAUACAUACAAAGACACAUACACACAUACAGACACACACACAAGACACACAUACAAAGACACAUACAUACACACAUAUAGACAGACACACACACCAGGCAUACAUAGAAAGACACACACAUACAUACAAAGACACAUACAUAAGACACACACAUACAUAAGACUCUGACCGGGCCCCCUUACAAUCCACAUCCAUCGGGUGGCCCUGACAGCAUGGGCCACCCGAUGGACCCCUUAGAUGGCUGCCCCGGCGGCUUGCCGUGCAGGCUGGUGACGCAAAAGAUAAUGGCGGGUACCCGGUCGCAGGGGUCCGCAGGGCGACCGGGCCCCCUGGAGUGACAGGCACGGUCGCAGCUGCGACCCUGCGACUGCGGUAUGUACGCCACUGCUUGUGCAGCAGAUUUAUUGGAACAACAAGAUAAGGAUGCAACGUUUCGAUCUCUAAAAAGAUCUUUCUCAUGCAUGCAUCCUUAUCUACAUGCAUCAAUGAGUCUUGGAUGCCCAUGACCUUGACACCAAAAUACCAGUCGUCUUUCCUUGCACCACUUUUGGUAGGUAUUAACUGCAUACCGGGAAUACUCUACAAGACUUGCCGUUUUGGAGAUGUUCUGACCCAGUAGGCAAGUCAUCACUAUUUGUCCCUUUUCAAAGUCACUCAGACCUUUUUGCUUGCCCAUUUUUCCUGUUUCCAACACAUUAAAUUCAAGAACUGAAUGUUCACUUGCUGAAGACAUAUUUCACUAUUUCACAGAAUGAAUGGCCUCCUCAGAGUUAUUGAAAGAAGUAAAAACUCCUUCACGAUUAGUUAGAUUAUGUAUUCUUCUGACCAAAGGUGGAACUACCGCACUGCACCAAGGCCCUCAAGCUGAGUGUGUGCCCACCCAAUAGCUAUUUUUGAUCAUGGGCUUUGUCAGAUGCCACAGUCCUUUAACAAAGCAAAGGGACACUUGUAGAUGUAAAGCCAUGGUGCUGAGCGUAAGUGUGUACAAGUCACUUCCUCCUACCAUACCAAUGAGCCUCACGGGAGAGGGAGAGGCAGGAGAACUAGAGAGGAAGGAGGGCCUGGUCAAGAUUUAGCCAGAUGUCAGUGGACCCAGGGAGGCUUCCAUCCUGCACCCUAAAGGCAAAGAGGGGCCAGGUGGAUCUGUGCCUGAUCACAGUUGGCCAUCACAUGUAUAAAUCCUGAGUUGGUGCAAUAACUAACUAAACAUCAAUAACAUUAUAUAAAAUAUAAUAUCUAUUAUUUGUAUUGUCUCUGGAACCCCUACUAUAAAACUUUAGAUUACACAAGGAGAUUACGGGAUUACGCAUUAGACACAAGGAAUAUACAAUUGCUGCUUAUGCGGACAACCUAAUUAAUUUGUUACUAUCUGCGCUAUGAGAGUACUCCAAAGUAUCGGGUUACUGCCUAAAGAUGGAUAAAACCAAAGCUCUACCCAUUCACAUAAAGAAAACGACACUGAACGCCCUUAAGGCGACUUAUCCAUUCCAGUUUAACAUGACUCAUAUUCACUAUUUGGGAACACACCUACUCGCCGAUAUCGGCUUAACAACUCCCCCUUACGAGUAGUUACAGGACCUUAAAUCCUGGGAGGGCCUUUCCAUCUCCUAGCCAGGCAGACUAGCAUCUGUAAAACUAAACUUAUUGCCCAUGUUCCUCUACCUAUUAAAGAAACUCCACAUAUUCCUAAAAGACUUUAAGAUGCUGCAGACCAGCAUAGACAAACUCAUAUGGACCAACACACGGGCCAGGAUUAAAAGAACCACCAUAUAUGUCCUAACAAGAGCAGGGGGCUGGGCCUACCACACCUUCGUGUGCAUCUGUGUGUGUUUAUAUGUGUAUAUCUGAGUGUGUAUUUGUCAAUGUGUGUAUACAGGGAGUGCAGAAUUAUUAGGCAAGUUGUAUUUUUGAGGAUUAAUUUUAUUAUUGAACAACAACCAUGUUCUCAAUGAACCCAAAAAACUCAUUAAUAUCAAAGCUGAAUAUUUUUGGAAGUAGUUUUUAGUUUGUUUUUAGUUAUAGCUAUGUUAGGGGGAUAUCUGUGUGUGCAGGUGACUAUUACUGUGCAUAAUUAUUAGGCAACUUAACAAAAAACAAAUAUAUACCCAUUUCAAUUAUUUAUUAUUACCAGUGAAACCAAUAUAACAUCUCAACAUUCACAAAUAUACAUUUCUGACAUUCAAAAACAAAACAAAAACAAAUCAGUGACCAAUAUAGCCACCUUUCUUUGCAAGGACACUCAAAAGCCUGCCAUCCAUGGAUUCUGUCAGUGUUUGAUCUGUUCACCAUCAACAUUGCGUGCAGCAGCAACCACAGCCUCCCAGACACUGUUCAGAGAGGUGUACUGUUUUCCCUCCUUGUAAAUCUCACAUUUGAUGAUGGACCACAGGUUCUCAAUGGGGUUCAGAUCAGGUGAACAAGGAGGCCAUGUCAUUAGAUUUUCUUCUUUUAUACCCUUUCUUGCCAGCCACGCUGUGGAGUACUUGGACGCGUGUGAUGGAGCAUUGUCCUGCAUGAAAAUCAUGUUUUCUUGAAGGAUGCAGACUUCUUCCUGUACCACUGCUUGAAGAAGGUGUCUUCCAGGAACUGGCAGUAGGACUGGGAGUUGAGCUUGACUCCAUCCUCAACCCGAAAGGGCCCCACAAGCUCAUCUUUGAUGAUACCAGCCCAAACCAGUACUCCACCUCCACCUUGCUGGCGUCUGAGUCGGACUGGAGCUCUCUGCCCUUUACCAAUCCAGCCACGGGCCCAUCCAUCUGGCCCAUCAAGACUCACUCUCAUUUCAUCAGUCCAUAAAACCUUAGAAAAAUCAGUCUUGGGAUAUUUCUUGGCCCAGUCUUGACGUUUCAGCUUGUGUGUCUUGUUCGGUGGUGGUCGUCUUUCAGCCUUUCUUACCUUGGCCAUGUCUCUGAGUAUUGCACACCUUGUGCUUUUGGGCACUCCAGUGAUGUUGCAGCUCUGAAAUAUGGCCAAACUGGUGGCAAGUGGCAUCGUGGCAGCUGCACGCUUGACUUUUCUUAGUUCAUGGGCAGUUAUUUUGCACCUUGGUUUUUCCACACGCUUCUUGCGACCCUGUUGACUAUUUUGAAUGAAACGCUUGAUUGUUCGAUGAUCACGCUUCAGAAGCUUUGCAAUUUUAAGAGUGCUGCAUCCCUCUGCAAGAUAUCUCACUAUUUUGACUUUUCUGAGCCUGUCAAGUCCUUCUUUUGACCCAUUUUGCCAAAGGAAAGGAAGUUGCCUAAUAAUUAUGAACACCUGAUAUAGGGUGUUGAUGUCAUUAGACCACACCCCUUCUCAUUACAGAGAUGCACAUCACCUAAUAUGCUUAAUUGGUGGUAGGCUUUCGAGCCUAUACAGCUUGGAGUAAGACAACAUGCAUAAAGAGGAUGAUGUGGUCAAAAUACUCAUUUGCCUAAUAAUUCUGUACUCCCUGUAGGUGUGUGUGUGUGUCAAUGUGUGAAUUUGUGUGUGUCAGUGUGUGUACCUGUGUAUGUGUCAGUGUGCGCAUGUGUGUAUAUGUGCAUAUUUGUGGGUAUGUGUCAAUGUGUAUAUAUUUCUGUACCUGUGUGUGUUUCAGUAUGUGGAACAUUGUAUGUGCAUAUGUGCUUAUAUCCCAACUAUCAAACACCAACUCUACAUUCAAACACGUUAAAACGCAGCCCGGACGAAAACGGAAAACCGGGGCCUACCCGACGUUGUCCCUGCCAAGCCUGGAAGCACUCCUCCUGCAACGGGCGAACGACUACUCUCCCCAGGCACCACCCGAGGCCUCACCCCACACACCAGCGAUGGGUCACCGCUCGCAAAAGACGGCAGCAGGGGAGCACAGAGAUAUCGGAAUGAUGUUCCAGAGGCCCACGCAGCUCCAAUCCACACCCGUGGAGAUCGCGCGGCAGGCAGCUAGUACAAGGCCUGAAGCUCACACUAACCCAAAUGAGCACGCAGGGGCAGAGGGACUGGUGGACACUCACCUGCAGCCAUCAGAAGCUCCCACUGACACCACACCAAUGACCAGACAAGAUCUAAAGGUACUAUUGAUGGACUUUCACAAAAUACUGGCUGCCGAACUAGCUCCAAUUAACAAUAACAUGAAGGCCAUCACAGACCGGGUACAGGCCUCAGAGAGGGACAUAGCAGAUGUCCAGACACAGGUACAUGAACUCCAUACCUCGGUCCAACAAAUAUGGUCUCACCAAAGAGCUAUCACCUCACACAUCACAGCAAUGGAAGAUCGCCACCACCGCACCAAUGUAAAGAUAAGGGGUGUCCCAACUGCAGUUACAGCGGAUGAGCUCCCUCACUAUGCCAGACGGUUGCUGAUUUCCCUCUUGUUCCCUGCAGUAGCCCAAAAAAUGACUCUUGAAGAAAUCUACCGCCUACCAGGGCCCAAGGGGACAUCGACAACGACACCGAGAGAUGUGAUACUAAGGUGCUCAACAACACACGAUAAAAUACUUAUGUCAGCACUCAAAGGCAAAACUCCCCUGCAAUUCGAGGAAGCCUCCCUAACGUUCUAGCAAGAUCUCAGUAAAACAACCCUCCUGUGGAGAAAAAAUGUUCCAACCAGUGACUAGCCAGCUUCAAUCAGCUAAAAUAAGCUAUAGAUGGGGAAUGAACGGAUCCCUGACGGUAUCCAGAAACGAUGGCGUACACACGCUUACCUCUAUGGAAGACACCGUACCAUUCCUGACAGCCCUGGGCCUGGCACAACUACCGGACACCACGAGACAGAGAGCCCACACUUCAGCGUCAACCUGGGACCCGGCGCAUGCAACACCCUUCAUCCCGAGAACGGGGAAUGAGAGGAUGGCAGAACCAGGAACAAGCACCUGCGAGGACCCAACAUAAGAUAACAGCCCAGCCGAAGACCAGCCAGCCACACCAGCCAGUCUCUAAACCCACCUUGGGACUGUCUGCUCAGGACAUACGUAGACCCCAAUAUUCCCCCAGUUACUCCCCCCCAUAUCCUGCAUUUGACCUGCAUUUGGCCAUGCAACUCUUUACCCACUCAAACAAUAGGGCACUGCAGACAUACAGACAAUCACACCUACGGCUGGGGACACAACCAGCACUCUACCCCUCAUAACAGGGAACAACAGCAUACCACCACAUCCACACAAGAGGCAACUGCCAAACUUCUCACACACCCCCCACCCCCUCGAAGCUCCCUUGGGCAGGAGCCACUACAAAAGAAACAAGUCAUACUUCCUAUACCCAACACCUCCCCGGGACUCUCACAACAUUGCCCAGAGGCUUUGUACCGAAGAUAGGCCCAUAGGCUGAACGAACAAACUCUAGGACCCUCCACGAGCAACCACAGCACACCGACUCUCACCCAGAGAUCAGCUAGAACACACCACACUUAAACACCUCAGAACAGGUGGCGACACAAUAGCGAUCAAGGCCUACACAAACAUGCUACAAAAAUAAAAUAGUGCAAGAAUGUACUGUGACCCUGCUAACACACAAAAUGCAUAAGUGCCCUUUAACGAAUUCUGUAAUGACCAUGCUUUGCACUGAAAAAAUAAAGAAUUAAAAAAAAAACCCCACAAACAAUUCACACAAGUUAACCACUGCUUUCAAAUAUCAACAGUACAUACAAACACACAAUAGCAUUCAAGUUCCAACAUUUUACAUAAACACAUACAUACAUGCGCACACACAUACUCUAAACAAAAAUAUGCUUACAUUCAAACAUAAACACUGCUUACAACUCUGCGAGGAUGGCCACAUUGUAGAUCACCAGCUUGGAAAACAUACAAAAACUCUUUGCAUACCCAAUAAAAAAUGGUUUAAAAAAAAAAACUCUGCACAUCAGAUUUUUUCUUGCAUUUAAUACCACAUAACUGAAGACGUACACAGCAGAGUUAUUCUGGUCCACAUGUCAUUCAUGGUUAUUAAUUAAGAUAUAAAUUGAGGAUGAUUGGCAAGGUAAUUUAAAUUUUAGGCUAAAAUAUCCUACUGGAAAAUCCAUUAACCCAUUAAUUUUCCACCUCAACUAUCCUUAAAAGGUGCAAUCCCUUUUUCCACGUUUCUCUUGUUGUUCACUACUGUAUAAAAUGUUGGAAAUCAAAUUUAGGCCAGAAUAGCAGAAUUAGAAAAAAAAAAAAAGUGCAAGUCAGUUUUGUUUUCAGUUCAGCUUUUAUAGCCUAAAAUUUUACAUUCAUUUUGGCUUCCAUGUAAUUCACACAUUAGUGAAUAACCCUGUACAUGUUAAAUUCUUCUUGACAAAAAAUCAUGGUCUAUAGUGAUUUCCCAAACCUCUUCCUAUAUAUGGAUUUAAAUAAUUAUUUUUCCCUCUAACUCUACCAGGUUGGUCCAUGGAAUGCUUGCAAGACUGGAAUUCCUACGUAGUGUUAGCUGUGCCAAGCAUGUUAAUGGUAUGCAUUGAAUGGUGGACGUAUGAAAUUGGCAGCUUUCUUGUAGGUGAGUCAUUGACAGUCAUGUUUCCUUGCUGAGGUCAUGUGACCUUUGUGGCAGGUAUGGGUAAACAAAGCUAAUCUUCUUAAAGGAAUACUACAGCAUUAUGAAUGCAAAUAUGUAGUCUUAACGCUAGUGCCCUAGUCACCAGUGCUGCCAUGGUUAUAAAAAAGGUAAAUAACUGACCUUUUUAACCUCGCCGUGCUGGUCUCCUCGGUGAAGCUCCAAUAAUUUGAUCUCAUCCAAUCCAAAGCAUUGGGAGGCUAGUGCGCAUGUGUGGCAAAAUAUCACGCUGCCCAACCAGAUGGCCUCUCUGAGACCAUCUGACUAGAACAACAGCAUUUUAGUCUGCUAUUUUUAUGGAUGCUCCUUUGGUGGCUUUCAUACUGGCAGCCACUAGAGCCAGGUUAACCCUGCAAUGUGGUAAUUAACGUUCCUGCAAAACAGUGAUGUUUUCAACUGCAGUAUUCAAACUGGGCAUACAUGGCACCCAGUCAACCUCAUUGAGAUGAAGUGUUCUGGGUGCUAACAGUGUUCCUUUUAGUUACCAAGAAUAUAAUUGAAUUAUCACGUAGAUGGGUACUUAAAUAAAUGUCUUGAAUAGAAAAAAAGAGAACAAAUGCUUUCAGGGGAAAAAAUGUAUUUAAUUCCUUGCAUUUUUUUUUUUGUUUUGCCUUAAGAAUUGGUGUUGUUAUUUUGCAGGUUUGAUUAGUGUGGUGGAGCUUGGAGCGCAGUCUGUCAUAUAUCAGUUGGUAACGAUUGCAUACACAGUAAGAAUAAAUCAGGCUUAUGUAUUGAUAAUGUGACACAAAUAAAGAAAGAUUCUCUAUGUUUCAUCCUUCUUUAUGUUCUAAAACAAGUUUCAAGUGGAAAGAAGUUGUUAUAGAAAAUGCAUCCUCCAAAUUCAAUGACUGAACAGGGCUAGCGCCCUUUGAUAGAAAGUGUAUCUAAAAGGCAUAUAACCAGUGGCGUACCUAGAGCAUUUACCUAGGCCUGUAUUUGCCCCCCCUCCCCCUGCCCCGAAAGGUAAAAAAAAACACUCACAUUUGUUUUUAAUGUUGUCAAGAAUAUUUUUAGCAUAAAUUUGUAAACUGUAUGUCUCAAGGCACUAUUAGAAACUACAAUGGAGUCUAAGGGGCCGUGGAGAAGGGUCUCUCUAACAGUCUGGCCCCCAUUUACAAUAUAGUAAUAUAACAUUGCACUCUGAUACCCUGAUACCCAGCCCAAGUUAGUUCUUCUCACUGUAAUUACUGCUGCUGGCUGGCAGCCUGUUUGGCUGCUGUGUCUGGUUGCCAGGCACACUGGCUGCCGCUGGCAGCUGUGGCUGACUGGCAGGCCUCUUUCUUCCCCCAGCAAGCAUCUGUUUCUCCCCCAACCCCUUUGUGUGUCUUUUUUUCCCCUACCCUUCUGAGUGUCUCUUUUUUCCCUUCCCCUCUGUGUGUCUCUUCGCCCCAGCACUCCUAUGUGUCUCUAUGUCCCCCCUAACACCUUUCUGCCUCUUUGUGUCUCUUUGUUCCCCAAGUCACUCUGUGUGUCUUUUUGUCCCUCUAGCCCUCCUGUAUGUCCCGUUGUGCCCCCCAGCCCCUCUGUGUGCCUCUUUGUUCCCCUUCACCUCUCUGUAUGUCUCUUUGUCCCCCAACACUUUUGUGUGUCACUUUCUCCCCCAUCCCCUUUAUGGGGCCUCUGUGUGCCUGUUUGAUGCCAUCUGUGUCUCUUUGUGCACCUCCCCCCAGUCUUUCUGUGUGUCUCUUUGUGCCCCUCCGUGUGUCUCAGUAAGCACUAGGGUAACAGAGGCUCCACUACCGUGGUCUGUAUGCUUGGCCACACUACAUGCAUUGACCGGCUGUGCAGUGCACUUCCCUCAUGGUGAUCACAGGUCAAAGGCAGAUCGCGCCCCCCCCCACCCACCCCUGUGCAUAUCCUAAUGAGUGGUACCUGGGGCAGAUGGCCACACUAGCCCCCCUCCCCCUUAGUACGCCACUGGAUAUAACUAUGGUGUUUCAAGGUAAUUGUUGCAGUGUAUCUAGCAGGUUUAUUCACUAAAGUGACAAUUCAAGGUAAAUUCAAUAUGAAUUUCAAAUUGAAAGCACCAUUAUAGGCACCCAGACCACUUCAGCUCAAUGAAGUGGUCUGAGUGCAAGGUACCCCUAGUUUUAACCCUGCAGCUGAAAACAUAGUUUCAGAGAAACUGCUGUGUUUACACUGAGGGUUAAUCCAGCCUCUAGUGGCUGUCUCCCUGACAGCCACUAGAGGCCGCUUCCGCGGUUCUCAGUGUGAAAAUCGCAUUUAACUGACGCAGCGUGAGUUAAGAUCCCCAUAGGAAAGCACCGAGUAAUACUUUCCUAUGGGAGGUUUGAAUGCGCUCGCGGCUCUGGCCAUGCAUGCGCAUUCGGCUCCACUCGGGAGCUGACGUCAGCAGAGGGAGGGGAAGUCACCAGCGCCGAGGGAGCCCAGCGCUGGAUUAAGGUAAGUGGCUGAAAGGGUUUUAACCCCUUCAGCCCAGUGGUGGGGUGGACCUAAUAGCUCUAUAGUGCCAGGAACACAAGUUUGUUUUCCUGGCACUCUAGUGCUCCUUUAAGGUCAAAAUAGCCGAACUGGAAAAAAAUUCUCUAAGUCAGCUAUGCUUUCAGUUCAGUUACUCUGGUCUUAAAAUUUGAAAUUCACUUUGAAUUCAAUUUCUGUCCUCUCUUAACGGAGUAAAAGUGUUCCCUGUUGCAAGGCAGGGAAAAACUAUAGCACUAGGACAGGGGUCAGCAACCUAUGGCACGUGUUCCAAGCAUAGCACUCAAGGAGCCUUUGCACAGCACUCAAGGCUGCUAGAGCCAAACAGGCUCUGGCCUAUCAGGAGUCCUGGUGGAACUUUAGUUAUCUGCUAGUGCAAAAAGGUGGUGAGGGAUAAUUCUCAAUUUACCAUUCCAGCACUUGUGAACAGGUAUCCGUACUGGAGUAGAGCAGCCCCCACCAACUAUUGCAGAUCCUGCAUUUGACCUGUACCUGGCCAACCUGGUCCACACUGAAUCCCAAGGAAGCAACACACUAUAGAUAUACACAAAGUUGCAGAAUAAGCCUCCCUGUCAUACAAAUAUUACUGACCACCCAUAAACAAACACACAUAGUCCCUACAAACCCCACAAGCAGUCUCUCACAUGUAAUACCACAAGCAACCCCACACAUACACACACCACCAAACACACUGUGACAUGUCAUCCACCUACACAAUUCCACAAGCAGCCCCCAUACACAGCCUAAAUUUAAAGGUAUCAUAGAAAAUACCACAAAUUACUAAUGAACAUAUACAAUAGAACAGUCUGCAUGUGCACAAAUACAAUGUUACAAAGCAGCUGCAGCACCCAUAAAUAACACAAGCAGAAUACGGCAACAUACACACAUACAAAAUUUGGGUUGGCACACCAAGGGACUUCGAGAUAUUGUUUUAGCACAGUACUACUAAAAGGUUGCCUACCCCUGCACUAGGAAUAGGAAUGUUUGUAUUCCUAACACUAUAGUGUUCAUUCAACAUAACAUAAAGUAGUGGAUGUAGGACUUGAUUUAAUAAGAUUUCCAACUGAUUCAAUACUGUUGGAAAAACUCUCCAAAAAAAUUCUCUACAGAGGUCACCAUUAAUGUCUCUGGCAUGUUUUGCAGAUAAAUCUUUCAGAACGUUUUUUCUAACAGUAAUGAGGCAAUUGAAAGGCUUAUUAAAUCAACGCUAAAGCCAUGACAAUCUAAUAUUUUUCAUUAAAACGAAAUCUAUAUGAAUAUAUAGGUAAAUUAGCAAAAAUAAUUGCAUACCUGUGACUGAGCAUUUUUAAAAGAUUUAUUCAAUAUGCUGGAUUGAGAAGUCACUGCACUCAUAUUAUUGCAUUUGUAAUUUUUUUAAAUCAGAUUUUUUUUUUUGCAGAUUCCAUUUGCCAUAGGUAUGGCCACCAGUGUUAGAGUGGGCAAUGCACUUGGUGCUGGGAACACCGAACAGGCAAAGAGGUCCAUGAAGAUUGCUUUCUUAGUAACAGGUCUAGCUUCAUUCUGCUAAAUAUUUAUGCUUUAAUUGUCUUGCUGCUCUUUUAUUUUUCUCAUUUACACAUGAUCGAAAAAAAACAACGAAAAAGCUAUACAUGCUGAAAGACAUGUCCUCGGGUAAAGGUAAAAUAUGAUAGCUCUAUAAAUAUACUUGAGGUGUAUGUGCAUUAUUUACGUCAGGAAUAAUAAUUAAGAUGCAGAAGCGGUAGAAUUUAAUGGAACACUACAAGCACCAUGACCACUGCAACACAUUGUAGUGAUUAUGGUGUCUGGAGUGCCUUGGCACCGUCCGAUGGUAAGUAGUCAAACUUUUUUAGAUUGUAAACAAUCUUCUUCUGCAGCAUAAGUAAAACAUUUGAGUUCAACAUCUUUUUUUAAGUCACAACAAACUAGAUCAAUAUAUCAAAUUAUUACAAUGAAUCUCCAUCUAUUUCAUUUCCAGAUUAAAUAUUUUUAAAACAUUAAUAUCUGGAAUUAAUAUAACUUAAGUUGAACUCUUAAUCAGAGUUUGAAUUGUCAAAAAAAUAAAUAAUACAAUACAAUACAAAAACAUAGAUAAAACUCGCAACAUAAAAUUACAACAUAAAAUUAUAAGGUCAACUAUCGGGAUCUGGGAGUGGUCGAAUCGAUAUCGCUUCUUAAUAUAUUAGUUAAUAAUUGAGUCUAGAGCCAUUUUCGGAAAAGGGUUAUUAGUAAUUUGUCUUUGAUCUAGGAGUAUCCUUGCCAGGGUUUGUUAGUUAUACUAAGGAAUAGAUAAACUAUUCUUUAUAGUAAUCAAACCAUUUUGUCCAUAUCUUAUUAUAAGAACCAAUAUUAUUAUCGUUAAAAUAAACAGCCUUUUCCAUUAGACCUUGAUAUUGGAUCUAGUUGUAAUCUCAGUUAUAGAAGGAAAUAUAUUCUGUUUCCAUUUCCUGGCAACACAAAGUUUGACAGCCAUCAAACCAUAUAUAGUUAAGUACUGGGAAGGUUUAUCCAUUUUUGGGAAGUCUUAAUAGAAUAAAAAUCUUUCUGGAGUAAUAUUUAACUUUAUAUUAAUAAAGAGUCUAGAUAUUUCCAGUUUAAGAGUAUCCAGUCCAAUACAAUCCCACCAAAUAUGUUUGAAUGAGCCACGUUCAUUGUUACAUCGCCAACAGACAUUUGAUGUGGUUGUUUGGAAUUUACCUGUUCUCGUAGGAACCAUAUACCAUCUAUGGAUAAGUCUGAGAUAUGUUUCUUGUAUGUUUAUACAAUGGACCGUUUUCCUUAAUGCUUCAAAUUAGUUUGACCAAUCUUGACAGGAAAAAGAUUUAUUUAAUUCGAUCUCCCAUCUAGAGAUAGUGUUAUAUUUUAAUUCCUGGUUUAAUACCUCCAAAGAUCUUCUAACUGCUGAGGGUUUAUUUUUAGCCUUUCCAAAGAGGAUUUUAUCAAAGGGUGAGUCUUUAAUUAUAGUUAGUUUUUUUCUUAGAAAAGUGAAGUGUUCCUUUUUUGAAAGGCCAAUUUUUUCCUGACGGUACAAAAAACUACCAGUCCCAGAGAUAUCAUAUAAAUCCUGAAUUUUUACCCUGUCUCUAACUAGCCAUCCAGAUAGAUUAAGGUCUUGAAUAAAAAAACUUCAGGACUUUCAAAGGGGCAUUUGAGGAGAUUUGGUUUUGAGGGAAAAAAUAUUUCUUUAUCGGUUUUAUAGAUUGAAAAAUGUGAGAGAACUAAAUUAUCAAUAGUCAAGUUUUUUAAAAGUUUUUUAUCAACCCAAAAGAGAUCAAAAGGGUCAAAAGUAUCACAUAAGUUCUUUUCAUAUAUGUACCAUGCUUUCAAUUUUGAUUUAUUGCUUCCCCAUUCUAAAUAGUGGGAAAACAUUACCAUAUCGUGAACACAGAAUAUGUUCAGGAGGGAUAAACCUCCCUCAGCUAAUCUAUCUGACAUAAUUCUAAGCGCAAUCCUAGGUUUUUUGUUACCCCAAACAAAGGAUACAAAUGAACCAUGAAACAGUUGAAGUAUCUUCCAGUUACAGCAUUUUAACAGUAUGAAACAGUAUGAAACUCCAAACUUUAUUUGGGCAUAUUUCCAAAUAUUGGGGCAUAUGCCUAAAUAGAGAUUGGAUUUUUUUUAUACUUUCUGUUGCUGCCCUGUCCAGUAUUUACUUUGACGAUUGAAGGAGAGGUUGACAACCCCCUGGAACAAAGCACUGUAAGUGCAAUAUGUUGUCACCUGAGCUUAGAAGUGUUCUCCUAGAGCAAGCAUUUCAAACUCAAAGUCUAGCACGGGCCACAUAAACAAGGUUUAAGUUUAUGUGGGCCGCAAAAAAAAAACAAUCUUACAUUUUCAUAGAAACAUAGGUUUAUUUUCAAAAUUACAGUAUUAAAAAAAAACAGCAUCCCCCUCUACUAAACCACAGCACCCCCUAUACUAAAUCCCAGUCCCCCCAUAUACUAAAUGUCAGUCCUCCCCCUCUACUAAAUCCCAGUCCCCCAUAUAUUAAAUCCCAGUCCUGCCCCUCUACUAAAUCCCAGUCCCCCCCAUAUGCUAAAUCCCAGUCCUCCCCCUCUACUAAUUCCCAGCACGCCCCUCUUGCAAACAAGCACACUCCACUCACAUUGCUGCUGCCAGCAUACGGCUCCGGAGUCUGGCCUCUGGUGUACCCCAAAUGGCGCCGUCCACCCCCUGUGCCGAAUCUGAUCCUCCCGCUACUUCUUGAAACCCUGUGAAGGUGGAGCACGUUGAUGUCACGUCGGAAUGUGACGUGGCGUUGCGGGCUUCCAUGCACCUCCAGGUACUCCACUGUCCAGUCGCAGUCAAUGCAACACUGACCCACACACACACUCACUGACAGACACACACACACACACAGACACUGACAGACACAUACUCACAGACACACAUACACACUCACAGAAACACUCACAGACACACACUCACUGACAGACACACACACACUCACAGACAAACACACUCACAGACAGACACACACUCACUGACACACACUCUUAUACAUUCUUGCACACACAUAUUUUUCUUUAUUGCUCCCUACCUUUGGGAGCCGAUGUGGGGCCUCUCCCUGGGGUCCAGUGGGGGUCUUCUAUCUGCUCCUCACUGCUCCCUCGCACACGCGGUUUGGUGAUUCCGGGUGCCGGAAUAUGACGUCAUAUUCCGGUGCCCGGCUUCACUACAGAUGGCGCGUGUAAGGGAGCAGUGAGGAGCAGGAACACUGAGCUCCCUCGCUGGCCCUCCUCCCCGGCCAGGUAAGUUUUAGCAGAGUAGGCACCUGUAAUGUGGGGAAAGUCGGGCCGCAAAGAUGUCCUUUGUGGGCCGCAUGUGGUCAGUGGGCCGCGAGUUUGACAUGCUUGUCCUAGAGGAAGUCACUGCAGAGUAAAGCAUGGUCAGUACAGGUCCACACUCAUUGGCUGAGGGCACUCAGCAAUGAGUAUAGUAUUGCAUGGCCUUGUUUGAUUAUGUAGAGCUAACUGGAUUCUGCUAAAGAAGAAGGCCAGUAGCAUAGCAGGUGCCUGGCAACAUCCAGAUUAGUUGUCAAACUUGCUUGUCUCUUUACCCUCUUUACUCCUGGCUUUGCGUUUCCUUUCAUAAAGCCUUGGUGCAGGAGUAUGGUUGGAGGUUUGAGUAACAACAGUGUCCCUUCAAGUGAAUGAACACCAAAAAUAAUAGUUAUGACUCACCAAGAAAAUGUGGGUUUUUUUUCCAAAAUGAUCAACAUCAGUGUUUUACAUCAGUAAAAUAUAGUAAAAAGUCAGGUUUACGUUAGGUCAUAAAGUGUAAAAUAUGAUGAGGAAAUCCUACAAUGGGCUAUAUAUAAUGGGCCUCAUAAUUAUUGACUCCUCACAAAUAAUCCUCUUUAUUAUCUUCUCAUUAUCUUCUCAUAUAUACUGGAAUAAACAAACAAUGAGAGUUGUGAUACAAUUCCCAUUCUCUUAUCAUACAUUUUAUUUUUCUAGGUAUAUUCAUACUUAUAGACACUAUCCUCCUGGCCUCCUUUAAGAAUGUAUUUUCAUACAUAUUUACCAGCGAUGGGUAGGUAUAUAUAUAUUUACAUUAGAUUGCAUUGAUAAAAAAUAAAAAAAAGAUAUACAGAACACUAAACCCAUAAGGAAUUGGUGAUAAACACUUACCUAACACACAGAAAUAUCAUGUGGCACAAUGUGCUUAUAAGGCAUACAGUACACAAUUUAUAUCGACAUGAUACUAUGAGUAGAGUUUAAGGUCUCCAUUUCAAUUAGCGGUGCCUAUAAAACAUAUAUUGUUUGGAGCUGAAUUUCAACCAAUAAAGUCUUGAAGUAUGCUAUAUUUUAUAUUAAAAUUCCUAAUAAUCAUUAUCUCGCAACCUGGCAUCCCCUGAUUACAAUAAGGCCUGAUAACAUAAAUAAAUAUACCUGCAGGAAACUGACAUUACAUUACAAAUUUUGCGAUAUUAACUUUUCUUCAGCUUCAUGUGUGUUACACUGUUGAUUUGCCCUGAUUGGGGACAAAACCCCAAGCACAACAAAGCUCCUCCUCAAUGCUGGCACUGUCUUUAUUGCUAGCAUACCAGCGGCCAAUGUCCUAACGCUAUAGUAUUCCUUUAAAUAUUAGCUCAUCACGCAAUGCUCAUUAUACUAGAGGCCUGGAUAAUACGUUUUCAAAAAUCCUUUUUUUUCUUACAGGGAGAUAGCAGAUAUUGUUUCUGAAGUUAUCCCCAUUUAUAUUUUCUUCCACAUCUUUGAAUCCAUUGCGGUAAGUAAUAAAUAAAGCCUUGCACAAAGAAUGAUACAAAUUGCUGCUUGUUACAACAUAGACACGCAUUGUUUUGUUUUUGUCCUCUCUGUCACAUGCCUCUCAACGCUGGGAGGUAUAAAAUCAGCAUGAGGUGGGCUUAAAUGGAUGUGCCACAGACUAAACGCUCAUCACUGAAGUCACCCAAAGGGGGCAAAACUACCCACAGAAGGAGCAUACAAACUUGGCAUGAACGCUUCCAGUGAGAGCAGACCACGAUCCUAGUGCCCUCAGCAUAGCGGGAGUGCAUCUAAUCAUGUGCUUGUGCUGGGCUGACUGAGGACCAAAAUUGGGACAGUUGGGGGGCAUGUUGUCAUAUUGUCCAUAUUGCUAGCACAAAUAGAGUUGAUGGCAAAAUCAUGUACAUAUCCAUAUUUUAUGAAUUUAUUUUAUGAAACUGUUAAAUUGGAAAAUAUCAGCCUGUCUAGCAUGCUAAGCCAAAGUUAAAAUGUUCUUCAGACUCUUCUAAGAUGUUCUUCCAUGCCAUAUAUGAAAGCCCUAUACAUUUCAUUCCCUGAUGGCUUUAAAGUCCAGGUUUAUACUAUCACGUAUUUAACAAUGAUUCACAAUGUUAAAGAGGAACCAUCACUUUUAGGGUCAGGGCCGCCACAAGAAAUUUUGGGGCCCCUAACUCAGCUCAGUGUCUGGGCCCCCGGGGGCCCGCCUCCAAGCCCGCCCACAGGGUCCGCCUCCAAAUCCCGCCCACAGGAAUAAACACACAGACACAAACAUACACACUGAUACAAAAGGACACAGAUACACACACACAGAUACACACACAUAGAUACAUACUAACAGACACACAUACUAAAACAGACAUACACGCAUAUAGGCAUUCAUACUGACACACACAUACUGAGACAUACACACAUAUACAGACACACAGGCAUACAUACUGACAGACAGACACAUACUAACAUACAGACACACAUGCAUAAGGACAUACAGACACAUACAUACAUACUGACAUACAUAUAGACACCGACAUACAUACACACACACAUAAACACAGACAUACAUUCACAAUGACAUACAUACAUUCAUACUGGUAUACAAUACAUACAUACAGACAUACAUACAUACAUACAUACAGACACUGACAUCCAUACAUAUAUACACAGACAUACAUUCAUACAUAUUUACAUACAUACAGACAGACAUGCUGAUAGACAUACAUUCAUACAGACAGACAUACAUUCAUGCAGACAGACAUAAAUGCAUGCAUGCAUACUGACAUAUAUACUUACAGCAUACAGAUACUGACAUCCAUACACACAUACAUUCAUAAUGACAUGCAGACAUACAUACUGACAGACAUACAUACAGACAUACAUACAUUCAUAACGACAUACAUUCAUACUGACAUUCAGAUAUACAGACAUACAUACAUACAGACAUACUGACACCACGCAUACAUACAGACAUACACACACACAGACAUACAUUCAUAAUGGCAUACAUACAUACAUAUAUACGUACAUACUGACAUACAUACAUACAUACAUUCAUAAUGACAUACAUUGAUACUGGCAUACAUACAUACAUAGUGACAGACAUACAGACAUUUAUACAUACUGACAGACAUACAUGCAUACAGACACUGACUUCCAUACACACACAUACAUACAUACAUUAAUAAUGACAUACAUACAUACAUACUGAUAUACAUUGAUACUGGCAUACAUACAUAUAUACAUACAUACAUUCAUACAGACUGACAGACAGACAGACAUACAUGCAUGCAGACAUACAUACACACAUACAUACAUUCAUACAUACUGACAGACAUGCAUACAUUCAUACAGACAUACACAGAGCUUAUUUUCCAGCCACCCUCCUGUUUCUUACCUUUUCUUUGCAGGAGGGUGGCUGGGGCUGAUAGGAGUCGGCGCGGCUCUCCCUCUUCACGGCUCUCCUUCUUCACGGCUCUCCUCCCGCGCGGAGUGAGCUGGGAGGAAGUGACCACUUCCUCCCAGUAGCACUUGCUGCGGCUAAGGUUUUUUUUAAAGGGGCCCGGUCGUGCUAUUACAUGGCCACAGCGCUGACCUGGCUCCUGAAGAUAUAGGGCCCAUCGGGUGGCCCUAAGUGCGUGGACCACCCAAUAGGCCCCAUCAGCGUGCGGGCCCCGGUGCAACUGCACUGGCGGCAGUUCCGCCGCUACACGUGGGGCCAGGGCGGCCGGGCCCCCCAGGGUCGCCGGGCCCGUGACAACCAUCAUGGUUGUCACCCCCUGAUGGCGGCUCUGUUUAGGGUAUUUUGCAUUGGGUAGUGAUACAUAUAAAUAUAAUAAAAAAAAAAAAUGAAAGAUUGCAUGUGAGACUGCCAAGGAACUAGCAGGUAGACAAUGCUAGCCAGAGACCCACCUGAUGCCACGUGCACAGGCCACCGGAUCAUAAUGGGUAACCUGCAGAACCAGCUACUGAGAGUGCAGACCUGCAGAACCAGCUACUGAGAGUGCAGCAGAUUUUUAUAUAGCAUUUAUAUUAGAUACAUUUCAGUUCCCCUUUAACAGGUUAGUUUCACAUUUACUAGAACCCAACAGUUCUUUCUGUUAUCUUUCCAACAAUCUUUGAUGAGUCAUAAACUAUUAAAAUGAAUGCUACAUUUAUUGCUUAAAACUUUAGAGGCAAUGUAAAAGAUUAACAGCUGACAGUUUAAAGGACACUCUAAGCACCAGUACCACUUCAGCUUAAAGGGACAAUAUAGUCACCAAAACAACUGUAGCUUAAUCAAAUGGUUUUGGUGUAUAGAUCAUGCCCUUGCAGUCUCACUGCUCAAUUCUCAAGUUCAACUUCCACUAAUGCUCUCUCACAUAUCCCAACUUUUCCACUUCUUUGUCUUAGUUUUUCUCCUUCUCUUGGAUUCAUCCUGUAUCUUGCAUGUUUUUAUUCCUAUGUUUUUACCAGCCAAGCUUUGCUGAUCCUGUCCAUAAAAAAAAAAUCUUUUGAUUUGGUUGUUUGGUGUUUAUUUUAUAACUAUAGAUGGAGUUAAAGGGACACUAUAAAUCACCAAAACAACUUUAGCUUAAUGAAGCAGUCUUGGUGUAUAAAUCUCAUUGCUCAAUUCUCUGCCAUUUAGGCAAUCUCACUGCUCAGUUCUCUGCCAUUUAGGAGUUAAAUCACUCUGUUUAUACAGCCCUAGUCACACCUCCCUGCAUGUGACUUGCACAGCUUUCAUUAACACUUCUUGUAAAGAGACAUCUAAUGUUUACAUUUCCUUUAUUGCUAAUUAUUUUUAAAUUACAAUUUCUCAUCUCUGUUAAUGGCCUUGCUUCUGCAGGAGUCUUCUGUGUGUGAUUAAAGUUUGAUUUACAGAGCAGGAGAUGAAAACUUCUAGAGCACGUUAACUUCUGAUUUAAAAUAAAACCAUUUUUUUUUUCAUUCAGGGUGUCAGUCACAGUCAAGGCCAAAGCUACAUAAAUAGAAAAAUAUUGAUUUAAAUCCUGAAAGAUAAUUGAGCAGUGAGACUGCAGGGGCAUGAUCUGUGCGUAAAAGGAUUAAAGUUCACUAUUUGUCUGCACUAGAAUGGAAAUAAUGACAAAAUCCCCUUUAACACGACCCACACUUAAACAUAAUAGUAUAACUAUUACUAUUUUAAAGCUGCCACUACUAAGACAAUUUAUAAAUGGGGUGCCUUGGUCCAUGUCACGGCUCCCCGCUCUUCUGCCGGCAUGGCCGCACAUAAAGAGAGCAGCCAAGCAGACAGAGAUGUUAUAUACUUACCUUGGUCAUGGCAAACCACUGCCUGAUUUCCUUCAGUUCUGGUCCCCAGCAAGUACGACGUUCCUAGAGACACUGGCUGUUGCGGUUCUGGUUUUAAUAGGAAACUAACCUUUGCCCACAUCAAAGAUGGCGCCAACGUGUGUGCGACGUCACGUAAUGCAUGCACGUUUUGGGGUCAGAGGCCAGAGACAGCCAAUUACAGCCUCAAGAGGGUUAUUUAAACCCAAAUUACCUUUUGAUCAGUGCCCUGUCGUGGUUUCCACUAGCUGGUUAUCCGAAAGUGUGUUCCUGAUCAUGUUUUUCUGGUAUUUGAUUUUGGCUUUAUUUUGACUUCCCUGAUUUUUGGUAUCCUUGACUUCUGGCUUUCACCAUCAUUGUGUAUCGUUCUGUGUUCCUGACCUCGGCAAGUAUUCUGACUAUUCUCUGGUACGUUAAGACCGGCCAUUCUAAGGUCCGGUAAGAUGUUAUCCUCAGUCUUUAGGUGUGAUACUAUUCUGCGUGCUGGAUAAACUAUAAUCCUGACAGUCCCCCUGGCAAACUUAAUAAUAAAAACCCAGCAAAUACAACUUAGCACAAUAUUUAAGGAAUUGCAAAAAUACUAAUAAGUCUCUUCAGGUAAUGUGAUUCUUUUACCAGACAAAGGCAAAACUUAAUAAAUGAAUAUUUAUUAUGAGCAAAAAGAAUAGUCACAGUGCAUACAAAAAAUAGAUAAUAAGCAAAUUAUUUACACCAACAACAGAUAAAAACUACAGGAGUAAAAUAACAGAAGUUCUAAACAUUUACUUACUUAGGUUUUCAAAGUAAAACGUCUGCCCAGGGGGUCUCCGGCAUGGAAGAUGGUGACUUACUCAAAAUUAGAUUUUGGCCCCAAGCAUGUUCAAUACACACUUCAGUCUCAUUAGAGAUAUACCCUCUGGAUUACCACGCCUCACCCAGAGGUGGAGUUAAGGCGUAUCUAUAGAGACCCUAAUUGACCACCCCCUUGUGUCCAGAUCCAAUCAAUCCAAAUGGAAACAUUUGUUUUAAAUAUUUUUAUUGUUUUCACCGUAUCAACGCGUGUUUCAAGUGUAGUACAGCUGAUGCGGUUAGUCGCCUACGUUGAGGCGUGCGUUUUAAAAUUGUAGUUGACAUGAGACAAACAUAUUAUGGUUUCAUCUGACUAACAUGCGGUUGCCUGCGCAGAGGCGUAUGGGUCAAUGUAUGCACAUAGUCACGUAUAUUAAGUAUACAUAGGCUUUUCAAAAGUAGGCAUCACAAUCAAAAGCAUGUCGUAGUGAACUAGUAUAAUUAAAAGGCAAUGAAAGACUGUUAGUUUGUUAACUGCGGUAACAUUAACGUCUGCACCUGGUUGCGUCUUAUAAUUGUAUGUAUUCUCUAAUGUUAAAUGUGGCCUGGAUAUAAUCCAGUAGCCAUGCAUGUCCCUGGAGUGGCAUGUAAUUGCGUGGUCAGUAUAGCUUAUUUCUGUGUAUGAUCCCAGCGAACCUCUGAUAUCCGUUGCUGAUGUAUGUGCCAGUAUAUGUUUAAUAUAAGGAUCUGAUUUUCCGCUGCGUGGGACUUAAAAGCUUGAUGCAUUUACAGCCGUCUGCGUGCCUGUGUCUAUAUCUGGUUCGAAGCUAUUCUGAUAAGUCACAUCAGCAGUCUGUCGUUUAAAAACCAUGUUGGUAAUGCUGAUGGUGCUAAUUAUAUGAGACGAGCAUGUUCAUUAUAUAUGCAGUCAUGUAUGUAAUGCGAUAAAAGAUAUACUGCGAGGUAUAGCGGCCUGGUAGCUAAAUCUCAGAUGUUAAGGCUUCCCGAUUUAUCGGAUUUCUGAGGCCUGGUGCAAACAGGUCAUGCAGUUUUAAAUAAGUCAGUGCAUGGUCAGGUAGUACAUAAGCAGUACAGUUAAAGCUACUAACAUGUAAAACGCAUUGUAAUAGCCUGGCUUAAUAUAUAAUAAAGCUAUCUGGUUGUCAGGUAUGUAGUAAUAAGCUACUUCACAGCUUAUCAUGUAGCUGGCAGCUAUUAUGUACGCAGCAACAAACCGCAUCAAUCAUUGGCCCCUAUGGGUAUUAUAGCAUAAACUCUGUAUUCCUUUAGCAUUUUAAGCUAACUUAGUAAUGACAAGCUAGUAUCAAAUAAUCAAAGCAAGUAAAAACUAAAAUUGCAGAAAGAACAGUUUCUUAAACGAAUUAUCAUGGAACAGUCCCGUUAUCUUUAUCUGUCCUUUGUUGCUUUAUUUAUUCUUUGCUUGGUACAGUGCUCAGGUGAAGUGGAUCUGUAGAGCGGCGAUAAUUGAGUCUCUCCACUGGAGGUGGCAUAGUAGUGCCUGGCAAAAUAAGUUGUAACUGUGCAGGCUGCUCUCUACCGUGGCCUCUGCUACGCUAAUGCCAAGGGCGCUCCUAUAUGUCAAGCCGGUCGGUCAUUGCAAGGUCUCUCUAGCACCCCCGGUGCAUCUGUCCCCCUAUUUUCCCCUCCAGGCCUGCUCCGGCCGUGCAACCGGAACACUGCGGUGCUGUGGGCACUCAGGGAUGUCAGCAGUCCGGCAGACUCCCACCCCUGAAAAGUCCUCGGCCCCUUGUCCCCUGCACCUCCCCAACUCCCGCAGUUCCCCGUCGGAGCUCCAGCCCCAGGGUGCCUCACCCUUUUCCGGUCUCAUGCAUGUCGCCAGCGCUCGCCUCCCCGGCCACCGGUCCGCCAGGGAUCCAGCUCACCCCGAUGACACAGGGCUCACAGAGUUGGGGGCAUUCUUCCCUGGACCACCACCAAAUUCUGAGGUAAGAGCUGGCUCCGCGCUGACCAUUCUGCCGCCCGGAGGGGUCCAUCCGUGGGAUCCGCCACACCGGAGGGCCCAGGCGACCCCGCGUAACUCCCUGCAGCUUGCACAUUCAGCGGCCAUCUUGGCUCUUCAUGAGGAAGGAUUCCUCAUUAUAUGGGCCCUUUGCCUCAAGGCUCUGGAGAUUCGACUUGUGGGCCGGGAUCACCCCCGCCGGCCCAAGGGGGGGGUAGCGGGGCCGGGUCCGGAUCCCCCUCUCUCCCUCUGCCAUGCUGUCUCUCGCCUCCGGUCGUCGCCGCAUGAGCUUGGCCCCGUGGGCCCGUCUUGCAUAAGUUAUGCGGAUAGCUCGGUCGUGGUCUAGCUGGGGCUCAUGCGGUGUGCUCCCGUUCCACCUCUCGCUCAAUGCCCAUGUCUGUCUCGGUUCCAAGUGGGCUUUUAGUGCAUUAUUUCUUUAUAUUGAUGCGGCCCAUUGCCGGAGCUAGCUCGGAUGGCUGCCGCUCAGCUCGGCGGCCCGGCCCCGCCCCCCCAAAUGGAAACAUCUGGCUCUAUCUUCUCUUAUGUACCUGCCCCAGAAAUAAUAAUUGCAUCUAUGAAUUUGUUAUUAUUUUCCUAUUCUAUAGAUAUGUGCAUUCCUUACUUGCGACCCAAUUUAAUGGACAUCAUAAUUCCUUCCCCUAUGGUCAAGUUACGCAACUCAUGUUUGGGCUUGAUUAGAAGAUUGUGCUGGUCACAUUUCAAAUAUAAAUAUAAAAUGAGGCUUAAUUAUUAUUCUGUGGGAAAAUUUUAAUGUUUCUUUCUUUUGGAUAUUAUUAUUAUUAUUAUUAUCGCCAUUUAUAUAGCGCCAACAGAUUCCGUAGUGCUUUACAAUAUUGUGAGAGGUGGAAUUUAACUAUAAAUAGGACAAUUACAAGAAAAUUUACAGGAACGAUAGGUUGAAGAGGGCCCUGCUCAAACGAGCUUACAGUCUAUAGGAGGUGGGGUAUAAAACACAUUAGGACAGGAAAUAGCAAUCAAAUAAGGUGGGAGAGAAGCAGAGCUAGUGGAGAGAGUAGAGUGCUGCCCUUUAGGAGAGAGCAAGAGACAGAUAUGUGAGGUAGAGGUUAGUCUGGGAGUCCAUACGUUUUUCUAAAGAGAUAGGCUUUCAGGCACUUCUUAAACGAUUGAAGACUAGGGGAGAGUCUGAUUUCGGUAGGCAGGUUAUUCCAUAGGAAGAGAGCUGCCCACGAGAAGUCCUGCAAGCGUGAGUUGGCCGUACAGGUGCGAGCAGUGGACAGGAGAAGGUCACGGGCAGAGCAGAGAGACCGAGAAGAGGAAUACCUAUGUAUCUGUGAUGAGAUAUAAGAGGGGCUAGAAUUGUUCAGUGCUUUAUAGGUAUGGGUUAGCACUUUGAGUUGACUCCUAUAGGAUACAGUAAGCCAAUGUAAGGACUGACAGAGGUGUGAGGUGUGAGAGGACCGACUAGAGAGGAAAAUCAGUCUGGUGGCAGCAAUCAUUACAGACUGUAGAGGGGCAAUACGGCUUUCGGGAAGAUCAGGAGAGGGUUACAAUAAACCAUGCAGGAAAUUACUAGAGCAUGGAUGAUCCCCUUGGUAGCAUCUUGUAUAAGAAAGGGGCGGAUGCGGGCUAUGUUUUUAAGAUGGAAUCUACAGGAUUUGGCAACAUAUUGGAUGUGAGGCUCAAAAGUGAGGCCAGAGUCAAGUAUGACGCCAAGACAGCGCGCUUGCAAGGAUGAAUGUGACAGACCAACUGGCACCCUGACUGAGUACCUCUGCCAAUCGAUGCUUCCUAGUUGACGCUGAGGACCAUAAGCACUGCACUGGACACCUUAAGCACUGUAGUCCCCACGUCCAGCGUUACAGCUUGGCUGGGAACUCACCAUCCUCCACCCACCCUGUACCCAAGACCAGGAUCCAGCUUCCAGUGGGUGAACCUCUCCUACUCCAGACAGCGUAGCAGGAUUAUAGUAGUAUACUGAUAUAGCAAUCCCCAGGGUAGAUACAGCCAUUUCCCCCACACAUGAGAUGAGACUGUUGAGGGUAAGCAGGAACUAAAUUUUAAUGGUGCCACACUGGCCUUUUAUGACAAUCCCCAUGCAAGGGACCUUGUUGGGGACUCCAACACAAAGACACAGACCAAUAAGAAGAGUGAUUAAAUACACAAUACUCCCAUAACAAACAUACAAUCCCUCCCCUCUGCCUGUAUCAUUUCAAUUAUCUCCAGGCAGAAUAAACACAUAUUUUACAAAACCCCAAAAGUACCCCAAAAACACAUGACAUCCCCUGAUAGCCCUGAAUGAGGUGACCAACAUAUCCAAAAAUCACCCAGAUCAGUUCAGGGGUUCAAGAAUUCUAUGGAAGUCAUGUUUUGACCGACCGCAUGCAUGGUCCCAUACCCAAAACAGUUCCAGAGAAUCAGGCUCUGCGGACGGUCUACUUUAGUGAUUCAAAGUUCGAAAUACCGAACGUAGCAGUUCGUGGAUAAAGUCAAUGUAUGUCUCUUGUUCGUGAGUUUCUUUUUACUGAAUGCCAUUUGACUCCCAUUCGAAUAGCCGAACAUCCAUGGAAGGUAAAGUUUAGCGGUGUCCCAUUUGAGUUCCAUGCACUCGACAACCAUAUACCGCUGGAUGCCUUUCGACUAAUUAAGAUGGCCACCGUCACGUGUUCGCAUGCCACUUCGAAUGGCUUCCGGAGUUCGAAGUGCCGCUUCGAAAGUUCGACUUGUUCCUGUUAGAAGUCCAAGAGGCACAACCAGAGUCUUUAACCCAUAGGUCAUUACAGCGGUCAUAGUCACAGGGCAGGAGGCUGGCAAACAGACCCCUCCAAAAACCAGUGGCGAGGUCACUUUCGCCACAAUGGACUUAUGUGAAUACCACUAACUUGAAGGCGGAAUGAGGGAGGAGGAUCCGUAUUAGGAGGAGGAAAGAAAAGGAGCUCAGUUUUAGAGAGAUUGAGUUUCAGAAAGCGAGAGGGCAUCCAGUCAGAGAUGGAAGAUAGGCAAGCAGUGAUAUGUUGCAGGACAGCAGGGGAGAGGUGUCAGUGUCAGGAUUACAAGUUGAUUCAGUACAAUCAGAAUGAAACCACGACAGGGCAAUGAGCAAAAGGAGAAUUGGGGGUAAAUACCCUUUGUGUGGAUCCGAUUGGCUGUAACCAGCGUUUGACCCCAAAAGCAAUUACCAGGUUUCCAUGUGCAUGAUUGCUGCUCAGCACAAACCCUCAUGUGGAUCUGGUUGGCUGUAACUGGCCUUUGACCCAAAAAGCAAUUACCAGGUUUCCAUGUGCAUGAUUGCUGCUCGGCACAACUUUUCAUGUCAGGACAGUAAUAUUGCUUGGCACAACUUUUCCUGUUAAGACAGUAAUGUUGCUUGGCACAACUUUUCCUGUCAGGAUGGAUGAAUACGUGACAGAGAUAUAUCUGGGUGUCAUCAGCAUACAGGUGGUAGUGGAAUCCAAAAGAGGUAAUAAGUUUGCCAAGAGAGGCAGCAUAAAGAGAAAAUAGAAGGGGACCAAGGACAGAGCCUUGGGGGACUCCAACCGAGACAGGACGAGGGGAGGAGGUAUCAUUAGAAAAGGAGACACUGAAUGAGCGUUGGGAGAGAUAAGAGGAAAACCAUGAGAGGACAGUGUCACAGAGACCAAGUGAAUGAAGAGUUUGAAGGAGAGCAUGAUCAACGGUGUCGAAGGCAGCAGAGGGGUCAAGAAGAAUUAGUAUGGAGUAGUGGGCUUUGGAUUUAGCUAGUUAGUUAGUAGCUUUGAGCAGUCUCAGUAGAGUGGAGAGGGCAUAAGCCAGAUUAAAGAGGGUCAAGGAGAGAGUUGGAAUUGAGGAAGUGAGUCACACAGACAAAGACAAGUCUUUCCAGAAGCUUUGAGGAAAAAGGGAGCAGGGAUAUGGGACAAUAGUUAGAGGGGGAGGACAGGUCAAGAGAUUUUUUUUUCAGGAUAGGUACUACAGUGGCAUUUUUAAGGUCAGCAGGGACAAUGCCAGAAGAGAGACAGAGCAGUUGAAGAUGUGUGUUAAGGAAGGCACAAAACAAGGGGAGAGAGAUCUGAUAAGGUGAGAUGGGUCAGGAUCGAGCGGGCAAGUGGCAGCCACCUCUUGUUCAGUAGCCAGGGAGAAAGUCUGAAGGGUAGGAAGGGCAUGAUCUACGUGUGGUUGAGAAAGAGAAUGGCAAGGUGGGGAGAAUUCUUUCCUUAGCUGUUCAAUCUUGUUGGUAAAGUAGCAUGCAAAUCUCUUGGCUGUAAGGUUAGUUUUGAGGGGUGGCCACAGCAGGGCAAAGAAGAGAGUUAAAGGUUUCAAAGAGACACCUUGAAUUGCGGGAACAUGAACUAAUGGAUAUGAUACUGGAACCCAAGGCUUGUUUUUCUCUUUUCUUGAAGGCUAAUGAUCACUAACAUAUCAAAAGAAAUCAACUCAUCAAUUAAAAGGUACAGGCCAAAUGGCUGAAACGACAGUGUAGAAUUUCACACCUCACAGGAUCCAUCCAUAUGGUAAAACAGUUUUUCACAUUCCUAUGCAAUUUAUGUUACCCGUUCUGUCAUCUGACCUCUGUGGGGGUCCGAGCUUCAAAAGAGGUAUUAAGGAUGUAACCCUCCUGACCUUACAUACAAUCAUAUUAAUCCCUUUUGACAUUGACAAUACCAUCUCUACCAGGCCGGCAGGUCAUGAAUGCACUGCACAAACCACACUAGAGGCCAAUAUUCCGUAGUGCAAUAAUGAGUUAUGCACCCUUGAUGUGACAAGUGAGUUAAAUUCCUCCAUGCUGUUCAGCACAGCUCAUGCAGAUUAUGUUAAAUAGCAUAUCAACAGUAUUUUGAGUUAAUGGAAAGAGAUAGUUUGGCUGUGGGUAUCAAAAUGUCAAUGUGAUACAUGAGAACAUGGAUUGGAUUCAAAUCAAAUUAGUGUGUGGUCUUCAGUGUGUUUCAGGUGGAGUGCUUCGAGGAACAGGAAGACUGAAGUUAGGUGCCAUUGUGUAUGGUAUUGGUUACUAUGUGAUUGGACUUCCAGUUGCCGGUGCCUUAAUGUUUGCAGCCAAAAUGGGUAUCAAAGGUAACCUAGAUCAGAAUAUAAUGUAUUAACUUAUUACCAUUUGCAUGUGUAAGGUUUAUUCAACAGUUGCUGGUUAUUUUGCUAGUUGGCAAUCAAGUAUUAAAGAUGUUAAUGAUGUGUAUAGGCUUUUCUUGAAAAGAAUGUGAAGGUCUCUCGCCAAGAUGAUAAAUUCAAUAAACAUUGUAAACCUAAAAAACCUAAAAAAGAAAAUAGGUUUUUAACCACUUAAGGACACAUGGCAUGUGUGACAUGUCAUGAUUCCCUUUUAUUCCAGAAGUUUGGUCCUUAUGGGGUUAAUCACCACCGUAAUGGUCAUUAACGUGUUAGGUCAAUAACAAGGCAAAUCACUUCAAUCAAUCAAGUAAUUUUUCAGCUCUAAUGACUUUUAUGACACAUAAAUGGGUUUUCUUAUAAAAUUCUACAUUUCUAUGAAUUCCUUACAAUGAACACCAGGUCACUGCCCUGUAACUGUAAUAAGCAUGUUUAAUAUAAAAAGAGCACACUUAUCUGUCACUUUCUUGGCACCAAUUUCCUUGUGAUUCAACAAAAAAAUAAAUUAUAUAAAAUAUUAGCCCUGGGCUAAAACUGACAUCACUCAAAAGCAGCUACAGUGACUGUAAUAUCUAGCCUCAAUGUAAAAAAUAAAAAGAGAGAAAUUGCAUGUGCUUUUAACCCCAAUGCACAUUUUACAUUUUAUUACAAUAACAGAAUAUUCUAGUGCAAUGACAAUCAUCGUGUUAGCUCACCUGCCAACAUCAAAAUACUAGGUAUGAGUUUUAAUUGUCAACAUGAAGUAAAAAUAAGGAUCAGAUACAGUUUUGCAAUUUUGGUGUAGAGUAUUUUCACAAAAUCAGAUACUUUCUCUCCCUCUCUUGAUGGAUAUUGUUUAUUUAUUUAUUUUUUCCACCUCCUCCGCUAAACCCACUUAUUUGUCUAUUUAUUUGUUCUUCCCUCCUUUUUUUUUUCCUUCUUCUUCCUUUCUUCCUUCCACUGGCCCCAGUGUCUUUGCCAUAAUUUGAGUAGCAUGGCGAUCUUGCAGUCUACUAGUUUAUGUUUAUGUUCCGUGAUACAAAACUCUCUGAUCCUGACAUGGACUGACAUUUACGUGGAUGAGCAAAAUAAUGUUAUUAUUAUUGUCAUUACAAAUUAUUUCACAGUGUGUUACAAUAUUAUAAUGCACUUAGGGCCACCCGAUGGGCCCUCUAUCUUCAGGGGCCCGGUCAGUGCAGUGGCCGUUUAAUAGAGCGACCGGGCCCCUUUAAAAAAAACAAAAAACAACUGCAGCCGCAGCAAGUGCUGCUGGGAGGAAGUGGUCACUUCCUCUCAGCUCACUCCGCACGGGAGGAGCGCGCGCGCGCGGCAGUGAGGGAGAGCCAGCCGACUACUCCCAUCAGCCCCAGCCACCCUCCUGCAAAGACAAGGUAAGAGACAGGAGGGUGGCUGGAAAAUGAGCUUUGUGUGUGUGUCUGUAUUUCUAUGUAUGUCUGUAUGUCUGUCUGUAUGCAUGUAUGUCUGUAUGUAUGUCUAUGUAUGCAUGUAUGUAUGUCUGACUGUAUGCAUGUAUAUAUGUAUGUAUGUCUGUGAUCGUAUGUAUGUCUGUGUCUGUAUGUCUGUCUGUCUGUAUGUGUAUGUAUGUAUGUAUGUCUGUAUGUAUGUGUGUAUGUCUAUGUAUGUAUGCAUGCAUGUCUGUCUGUAUGUAUGUCUAUCUGUAUGUCUGUAUGCAUGCAUGUACGUCUAUGUAUGUCUGUAUGCAUGCAUGUCUAUGUCUGUCUGUCUGUAUGUAUGUCUGUAUGCAUGCAUGUCUGUCUGUAUGUCUGUAUGUCUAUGUAUGUAUGUCUGUCCCCACAAAUGUCCUCCCUCCCUCUCCCCCCACACUCAAAUUUCCUCCCUCCCUCUCAAAUUUCUUCCCUCCCUCUCCCCCCCCACUCAAAUUUCCUCCCUCCCUCUCCCCUCCACUCCCCUCCCACCCACUCAAAUUUCCUCCCUCCCCUCCCCCCCCUCCCUUCUUCCUUCCAUCUCCCACUCAAAUUUCUUCCCUCCCUCUCCCCCACCAAAUUUCUCUCCCCCCACUCACUUUCUUCCCUCCCUUCUCCCCACCCCACUACUCAUUUUCUCCCUGGCGCUAGGGAGCACUCUGUCUUGUGUGCUUCCUCUUCAGCUCUCCCGCCAAUGUGGGGCCCGGACGACCUGAGCAGUCCGGGCCCCCCAGGACCGCCGGGCCCAUGACAACCGUUGCGGUUGUCAUGCCCUGAUGGCAGCCCUGCCCCUCCCACUGAUUGAGCUACUGUUCUUACAGUGCCCUGCUAUACGCAGAUACUAAGGGUGACCCCCUCCUGUGGAUUUUUCUGCUGGACCUACAGGGUCCCGUUAUAACCAAAUUAAGGGUGACCCCCUCUCGCUGACUGCACUACUGGGUGUACAGACCUCUAUGAUACCACACUGAGGGUGACCCCCUCUUACCUACAGCACUGCUGGAUCUGCAAUGCUCGGUUAUGGUUAUAUAAGGGUGACCCCUCCUGCCGUCUGCACUGCUGGACCUGCAAUGUCUGGUUACUUUAUUAUACGGCUAACCACUACGGCACUACUGUACCUACAGUGUCCGAUUAUGUUCAGACUGAGAGGGACCCCCUCCCCUGCUGGCCUAUACUGCAUGGUAUGCUUGUGCUUGUUGGGUGACCCCCUCUUGCACGCUGGGUGACCCCCAGCUGGCCGCACCAGGUAUCACUCCGACAGUGUUACCUCUAUGGCAGUUAUGCAAUCACAACUGAAGGACAAAUCUCCAGUACCCAGAAGGUCACUUGGCCUGUCCUCAUGCCGCCCCGCUGACCUCACUGCCAGAAACCAUUGGUACCCUACAGGGGACACUCCACCGGCCAUCCUAGACGCUACACCUGGUACUCGUUGGCUAACGGAUGGAUUCAUCAAGAGGAUCAGUCUUGCACUCUAUCCGGACACAGAUGUUUCCUCGGUACGAAUGGCGCGUUACAGAUUGGAAAGCUGAGAAGACUAAAUUCCCAUUGGGAAUGGACCAAUAUGAUUUAUAGGUAUCGCCUAGUUGGUUUCUACAAAUUGAGCUGACAUGUCUUUAUUCAUAGGGUUCCCCUUAACUAGCCCCAGAGGUCUCUCAGAUCGUGCCCGGACUCAGGAUCAAGGUUGCGGAACCUUGGACCGUUCCAUGAGCGAUACGCUUGACCAAAAGAGGCAUCCAUUCCGACUCAUUCCGAAGUUGCCAUGCUGGACGAAGGGUGAGGUGGAGUGGACUCCCGACCCACCCCCACGCUACAUGCUCCCAAUGCAUAUGUCGCCUGUUGACACUUCUAGACGGACUUAUCCCCUCAGAGAGCUGCUCGGCAUGGACAAUUGGUUCUCUCCCUCAACUGGACAUGAGAGAAACCCGCAUGGAUUUCACCAUCAACAUGGACAUAUUGCAUCUGACUCACUCCCAGUCAACCCAGUUUCUGGUCUUUGAUGGAAUAUUUGGUCCAGGCGGUGCUCCGCCUCCCGAGGACCAAGAUGUCCGUCUUCAAUAAAUAUAUACCAGGCAUAUGCUCCGCAACCUGUGGGUCACACUUAGGGGCCCAACCCUAUUGAUUGACCGGUUGUUAUUCGCCAUGGAGGCCAUACCUCCAGGAUCCGGUACUAUCAGCUGCUCCAACAUGACGCUUUGUCGGGUCUUCGGCCUGGUAUGACCGAAUCAUGUGACCUUCGAACGAAGCUCAUCUAAAACUUAAUUGAUGACUCAGACAUCGGGGGACCUGGCCUACCUAGGAGUUUCGGACCCCAACCAACUUUGGCCUGGACUCGGGAGUCCGGAGGAUGGACCUCUUCACGCCAAUUGCAUGGAACAGGUUUGUUCACCAUUCGCAGCUUCCCCAGGGGAAGUAGUACCACUUGCUACCUUCCGGCAUGGACUUAUCACCGGUUUCCCACUACGGACUGCAGUCGGAACUCUAUCUAUAGCGUCUGGACAAGUAUUCGUCAUUGUGACAGAAUGUCUGUGGGACGAGACACUCAUGUGGCGGACGGCUUCACCCGACCAUGGAGAGACCCCAAUGAUUGGUUGCCUCACCCUCCGGUGUCUUGAGUACUGGCAUGAUUACAUUCGGUGCGAACCGCCAUAUGGAGCGGUUCUCCAGCUGGCUGCCGGACCCUCAGUGAGGCGAGGGAGGCGUUUUCCAAGCUUGGUCUCUUUCAGGGCGUACGCAUCCCGUUUACCUACAGGAUACUUCGGGCUUUGCUUCAGACCGAAUUCCUGGGAGUGUCGUUUCGCCUGGCCACACCACUUCGGAGGGGUCCUCCGUGCUUUCCCCUUUUUGCUGGAGUUUGCCAUGGGAAGGCAAUCUAUGACUCCCUGUCUCUUAAUGUGCCGUGUGGGAUCCGCAGGGGUAGCCUGCCACGACUGGUGUCUGGAGAGAUGUUUGGGUCCCUAUGGCGGUCCUUAUCAUGGCUGUCCCCAUUGUCUGGCUGAGUUGCCCUCUCAGGGUAGGAUCGUAUGGGGCCAUUCACGUCCUAUAUCAGCUAGUGGACGACUCUUGUGCGUUUUCUCAAGACUCUGGCAUUAGUAAGGAUCUCUUGGUCUGCAGUCUACCAAGAGGAGUAUACCUUACGGGAGCCCUAUCGCUCGCUAUUCCUCAAUUCUAGUGGUAUCGUGUGUUCUGCAUUUCCUUGAGGAAUGACCUGAUGACAAGGACUUGCCUGGCGCCAGUUUUUCCGCUUACGGUUUUCUCCAGUACAUCUUUUAUUUCAUCGCGUUCUGACAUCAUGGUAUCGACAGUGUCUUCUUCCUUCUUGCCGUUCAGUACAUCGGCUUCUGCUCCACACAUUUCAUUUCAAUUCGUCCUCUGUGUCGUACCCCUAUUCUCCGGAUAGGCCACAGCUCUGUUGACAGGUUGUACACGACCAUGUAGAUCCAGGAUCUGGUUCUUUCGUCCGUCUACUCAUGGACAGCUGUUGGUUUCUGCGUACGGCCGUUUUGGACUGUUUCUGUAUCUUCGCUCACCCGUUGGAUUUGGUGGCUACUCUCAUUGGCUGACCUUGAGAGUUCCUCUGGGACACUUUUGGUUCGGGGUGCUGUCACCUCAACAACUUUGGAAGCCGUUGGGUCCCUUCUGCAUUUUCUCCACACCGCUGUUUGGUUUAGGGAAUCGUUUUUUCCAUUCUCCUUUUAUUUCAGUCCUCUAUCUCAUAUUGCUUCAGGGUCUACUAUUUGGGUGUUAAAAUUGCAAAUAUGAAGCAUCCUGUCCUGCCAUAAAAUUAGGGAUUAUUCUAGCCUCGGUGAGGGAAUAAUCUAAAUUUUAUUAAAGACAGGAGGCGAAUAUUCCCCCCCCCCAUUUUUUACGUUCCCUCCCUGGAUUUGGGUCUUAUUCUAUUAUAAUUAAUCGGGGAUAUUGUUAUGUUUUGUGAAUGCAUGGUUGUAAAUAAUAAAGAUUAUUUCUAUUAUUCAGUGAUGAUUGUCCGUGUGCAUUUUAUUCAUCAUGUUUGUGUUGUAAUUAUGUUUCGUCAAUGCCUUUUAGUUUAGGUACAUACUAGAUACCAGGUCUUCAUAAGAUCUGUAGACUUUGUUUAUUCAUCAGGUAUUAUGAUUUUUCUACUCUCUCACUCCUACCCAUAAUCGAUCUCAUCCUAGACCCCAUGCAUACAAAACCCAUUCACACCUCCUGUCACUUUCUCUCCUCCUGCUUCUAGCAGCUGUCUCUCCCAAUCCAGGGCCCUUCACCUUCUCUACACACACACUAAGAAAACAAGAAACCCCACACACCUCAUCACAAUUCCCUGCCCUUUACCCUCACUUACCAACAUUCAGUGUGCACUCUGAAAUGCCUGCUCCAUCUGCAGUAAUUUAAAAUCAACAGCCUUUUUCAUCUCAAACUCACUCACACUACUGGCACUUACAGAGACCCUCUGAUAGCGCUACUCCUGCCUCUUUAUGUUUUGGUGGGCUACAAUUCUCUCACACUCCCAGACUCAACUGUAAAGGAGGUGCUGUAGGCAUCCUUCUCUCCCCUCAAUGUGCCUUUCAACCAAUCAUAACUCCCCCUGCCCUAUCUUUUUCUUCUUUUGAAGUACACCCUGUUUGCCUAUUUAAACCCACUCCUUUAAGAAUUGCUAUCAUCUACCGCCCCCCAGUCAUUCUAGGCUAUUUAUUGAGCACUUUUCUUCCUGGCUUCCCCACUUCCUCUCAUCUAGCACUCCUUCCCUUAUACUUGGGGAUUUCAAUAUACCAAUCAACAACCCCAACUGCACUGAUGACUCUCGUCUGCUCUCUGUAACCUCCUCCUUUGGCCUUACGCGAUGGUCCAAUUUAGCAACCCGUACAGCGGGAAACACUUGAUUGAUCUCGCCUUCACCAGUCUCUGUACCGCCUCUAAUUUCUCCAAUAUUCCCUGUGACGAAAGCAACUUUGCCACUGGUUUUUGGAGGGGCCUGUUUGCCAUCCUCCUACCCUGGGACUAUGGGCCCUGUGAUAACCCUUCAGAGAGCGAAGCAGGAAAAGUUCUAAGAAGUGCAAGUGAUUAACAUCCAGGGGAGGGUCUGUUACAUUGGUGGAAGCAGUGGGAUGGCCUCCUGGUGAGAGGGGAAGCAUCCUGGAGACACCGGUAAUGUGUUGAUCAUAGUGAGGGCAAUGCUAGCAUUCGUGCAGCACCCCUGGAAGCAGAGGUGUCCAUUGACUUGGAGCAGGCAAGUAUGGCAUUGUCAGGGAUCUUACCUGGAGUGGGAGUCCGGCACGCAGAGUUGAGGCACCCUUUGCAAUUCGACACAGACCGAGGGGACUCAGGACAGAAAUCCCCAAGGCUGUGACACAGUGCACUGGGGCUGAAAUAACCAGUGCUUCCUGGAACGCAGUACAGACAAGGAUAUCCAGAAGAGUAGUCAGUAUCAGAAUCAGAAGUCAGGACGGGCGGCAAUCAGGCGAAAACAGUAGACGAGCAGGAGAUCAAAAGCAGGAGUCAGAUGAACAGCAGUGAAACCAAACAGGAACAGGAAACACGAUCUGACAACGAGAACCAGCCUUGCGGGGUUUAAAUAGGGAGUCUCAGCCAAUCAUCAAGGAACCAGGAACAGGUGUGCACAUUCCAGGCGUACAGGCUCAGACUACAGGAUACCAAGAACAACCAGAAACAGUCAAAGAUGCGUGGAGCUCAAUGCAAGGAUACCGACUGGGAUGCAGGAAACUCAGGUUUGAUCCCAGCCAGACCCAAAUACACAAUAUUGUGUAAAGCACAAUGGUGAUCCUGACAUUACCCCCCCUUCAAAGACGCCGUAGGCGAGAAGAGGAACGCAACUACGACCCAGGAGGUUACUUUUUGGAUUUCUUGGCUUUGGUGGUACUAGUAGGAGCAGAGGUCAUAGCUUGUAGGGCCUUUUCAAAUACUUGCAAGUCCUCCUUCCGGACUAGAGUCCCAUUAGAGGCAUAGGUACAGCCAGAAAGAGGGUCUUCCUUGACAGGACUUGUAGUGGUUGUGGUGCUUGCCUUCUUAGAAGCAGAAUCUUUAGUAGAAAUAGAGAUCUCAGGUUCUUUAGUAACAGAUUCCUGCACAACCUCAGGAGCAACGACUGUAGAAGGAUGAGGAUUGGACAGAGUGGUCAAGCAAGGACAGGCAGCAUGUUGGCAGACAGGUCUCAUAGGAUAUGCCAGAGUAGUACCCAGACGGAGAACCCGAGGCCUAGAUGGACGAAUGGGACAAAAAGAUAUUAAAUGUCCCAUCUCCCCACAAUAAUAACACAGUCCAUGCGCCAUCCUUCUUGCCCUUUCUUGAGAUGACUGACGGAACCUAACCAGUCCAAUCUCCAUGGGUUCCUCCGCCUCCCUGCCAGAUGUAUACGAUGUUUCGGGAGACUUGGGAGCGGUAGGGUUAGCUGUAACAUCAGUCCGAGUGAAAGGAGUAGUGUAGUCCAUUUCCAGUCCGGGUUGCAAUAUGUGUGAAGCAACAGUAGGUGAUCUAUGUACAUAUGACUUUUGUGUCUUGUUGCAUUGUAAACCCAGGGACCGAAUAAAGGACUCCCAGGAAUCUAGGACUGGGCUUUUGGCGAGUAACAACUGGUGGGCCCAGAUCUUAAGGUGCCCCGACAAUAAGGUAAUCGCUGUCCUCACUUUAAUGACGUCUGUGGCAUAGGUAAGUGGUCUCAGGGAGAACAGGACCUCGCAAUCAACUUUGAAGGUAUCAUACUUAGACCGGAUCCCAGAAAAUUUCUCGGGUAGAGCAACCAGCGGUUCAGAGAGUCCAGAGUCAUAGGUUACUCUCCCUUUAAGGGAAGCCAGCUCCUGCUGUAAGCCCUGCAAAGCCUGGGUGAGCUGGGAAACUUGCUGGGUCAAGGCUGCAACGGUAAUCUUCAACUCUGCAGACUCCAUUUGGUCAGAUCGUACUGUCAAGGAUCUUACCUGAAGUGGGAGUCCGGCACGCAGAGUUGAGGCACCCUUUGCAAUUCGACACAGACCGAGGGGACUCAGGACAGAAAUCCCCAAGGCUGUGACACAGUGCACUGGGGCUGAAAUAACCAGUGCUUCCUGGAACGCAGUACAGACAAGGAUAUCCAGAAGAGUAGUCAGUAUCAGAAUCAGAAGUCAGGACGGGCAGCAAUCAGGCGAAAACAGUAGACGAGCAGGAGAUCAAAAAGCAGGAGUCAGAUGAACAGCAGUGAAACCAAACAGGAACAGGAAACACGAUCUGACAACGAGAACCAGCCUUGCGGGGUUUAAAUAGGGAGUCUCAGCCAAUCAUCAAGGAACCAGGAACAGGUGUGCACAUUCCAGGCGUACAGGCUCAGACUACAGGAUACCAAGAACAACCAGAAACAGUCAAAGAUGUGUGGAGCUCAAUGCAAGGAUACCGACUGGGAUGCAGGAAACUCAGGUUUGAUCCCAGCCAGACCCAAAUACACAAUAUUGUGUAAAGCACAAUGGCGAUCCUGACAGGCAUACUCUGACUCUUGCGAAGAUUUUCUGGCUGAGGUGAAGUAGCGAGUGGUCUGGUAUGGCCCUGAUGUGUCCGUGGAUACCUUCCAGGCGAUCUGGAACCAGGUAACCAUCGAAAGACAAGCAAAGAGGGACCAAGAGUUCCUGCUGGCUAAAGCGAGGAAAAGAAGCCUCCAACGAAAGGAGGUUAGCCUCUCUCCCCAGAGGCAGCCAGAGGUACCUGAAGUAGGGGACCUCAUAGACUGGUCCUGUGAGGAACCCCAACAGGCAGGUGGAGAUGGGACCAAAGUCUCUUCACCGACCCCACAGGGAUGCUGGGCAGCCGGCCCAGAUCCCCAACUGCACCUGGAGCUACCGGCAGAGGAGGCAGGUGGUCCUUAUUCCCAAGUCCUGGGAGACCUCAUAGACUGGCACUGGGAGGAACCUCAAAUGGCAAGUGGAGAUGGGACCAAGGUCUCUCCACCGGCCCAGAUUCCAAGUGGCAGCUGGAGUUACAGGGAGAAGAGACAACCGGUCUCUCCCCCCAGCGGCAGUGCAUCUCACAGGGAGAGGAGACAACCGGCCUCUCUCCCCAGCGGCAGCAUAUCGUACAGGGAGUGGAGACAAGCGGUCUUCCUCCCCUGCAGCAGUGUGCAUCCCAGGGGGCCGAAGGUGUCGUCCUUCCCCCCCAGUGGCAGUUUACUUUGCAGGAAGAGGAGAUAACCGGUCUCUCUCCCCAGCGGCAGUGUAAAUUGCAGAGAGAGGAGGCAGCCGGCCUCUCUCCCCAGCGGCAGAGAAAGGGCUAGGGUGGCAAGAAGAGGACAGGGGAGAAGCCAUGUUCUCUGAGUCUGUAUAAAGAAAGUGUGUUCUUACCUGUUUCAAUGAUCUAUUACUGCUGGGACAGUGAGAUAAAAACAGGGGAAGGCUAGUGCACUGCUACUACAAGAAGUUGGACACUGUCUACUGCUCUGCUAGGAGAAUUAGAAGACUUAUUUUAUGUUCAGCUCCCUGCAGAUUCUGGAACUUUCUGCAGGAGUGUGAAUGAGCUCUUGCAUCCUGUCAGCAGAAGGAAGAGAAACGAUUGCCAUUGCUGCUCUGCUGCUGUUCUACAUUCUCUCUGGAGAUAUCUGCAGUUACAGAAGUCACUCAAAGGUACUGUCUCCAGAGAUUGCCUCAGGAUUCUCCCUUAUAACUGUAUCUGGUAGUGCUACAAUGCCAAUGUUGUGCACAAGUGGAGAUGGGACCGAGGUCUCUCUACUGGCCCAGAUUCCAAGUGGCAGCUGGAGUUACAGGGAGAGGAGACAACCGGUCUCUCCCCCCAGCGACUGCGUAUCCUACAGGGAGUGGAGACAAGCGGUCUCCCUCCCCAGCAGCAGUGUGCAUCCCAGGGGGCCGAAGGUGUGUAGGUACUUAUGAGUUUAACUGUUCAGAUGUAGUUAUUGAUGUUUAAUACCCUUAGAUAUAUAUAGAAUGUCAUUCUAUCUAUAUUUUAAAUACAAAUAACUACAAAUAUAUAUAUAGAUAAAUAUAUAAAAUUAUAUAAAUGAUUACAUAAGUAUACACGUAGAAUUUAAAUACAUAUAUAUUAAAAUUCUACGUGUAUAUUUAAGCAAUCUUUUAACAUAAUUAUGUGAUUUAAUAAUUAAAAUUUGAUUGACAUGCCUGACAACCCAGGCAAAAAGUGCAGAGAAUUUAAUUCACAAGCACUAUAUUUAACCCUGUAACUUUCCAAGACACCAUAAUACCUGUACAUGGAGGGUACUGUUUUACUCGGGAGACUUUGCUGAACACAAAUAUUAGUGUUUCAAAUUGAUAAAUUGUAUUACAAUGAUGAUAUUUUCAGUAAAAGUUAAGUUUUUUGCAUUUUUCACAUACGAACAGCACUUUUACUGACAAUAUUAUUGUUGUAAUAUGUUUUACUGUUUUGAAACACUUAUGUUUGUGUUCAGUGAAGUCUCCCAAGUAUAACAGCACCCCCCAUGUACAGUUUUUAUGGUGUUUUGGAAAGUUAGAGAGUCACAUAUAAGGCCAGUGUUUGUGACUAAGUGGCUACUAAAAAAGACUGGACAUACCCCACUUGAAAUACCUUGGGUUGUGUACUUUUGCAAAUGGUAUGCCAUCAUGUUUCGUCAAUGCCUUUUAGUUUAGUUCUCAUUCCUGGGCUACCACAUGGUCUCAAACGUAACAUUACUAAUAUGGCAAAUUUUAAUGUGAAAAUAAAUGCUAAAUGGAAUGUACUAUAUUUGACCCUGUAACUUUCCAAAACACUGUAAAACCUGAUAAUGGGGGGUGCUGUUUUACUCGUGAGACAUUGCUGAAUACAAAUAUGUGCAUUUUAUUGCAGUAAAAGCGAACAGUAUCAUGACAUUUACAGCUAAAAUGUCAGGAGGAACUACAAAUUUUUUUUCAAAUCUUAAUUUCUCACAGUUUUUUUUUCCAAUUUUAUUCAUAAUAAGUUAUGUUUCAUAUAUGAAUAGUUCAUGAGAAAUUAAAGCCCUGUUUCUCCUAAACAAAAUUAUAUAUAAUAAGUGUGGGUGCACUUAAAAUGAAAGAGGCGAGUUACGGUUGAACAGACAUAUAGCGCAAAUUACAGUUUUUGUUUACAUUGUGUUUUGAUCAGAAUGUGUACUAUUGACUCCGUCCUGAAGGGGUUAAGUAUGAAUAAUGUGGUUCAAGGUGAAAGUCAAAUGUUAGGUUAAUAGACUUUUCCCAAUAUGACUAUUGUGCCCUGAAGUUUGAGAUUGACCUUGAAUUUCUGACAGUUCACACAUUCAUGAAAAACCUUGUCAGAUUUGUGUUAAAUAUUAAUUCAAUUUUUUUUUGUAAUACUAUACUUUUAUUUAAACUGUUUUUACUUUUUACACAGGCCUGUGGAGUGGAAUGAUCCUCUGUGGGAUCUUCUUGUCUGUUUUUUUCACAGUAUAUCUCCUAAGAAUAAAUUGGAAGGAUAUCUCAUUUGAGGUAAGCCUCCUGUAUUAAAAUUUGAAUGUAUCACUUUAAAUGUGGCUUCUUUUUUUUUUUUUUGGAACAGCCUGCCUACCCCAUCAGACUCUCCCCCUAGUCUUCAAUUGUGUAAGAAGUCCCUCAAAACACAUCUGUUCAAAAAUGCUCAUGGACUCCCAGAGUAACUUAUCUACACUUACUUAUCCAAAUCUGUCUCUUGCUCUCCUAAAGAGCCACACUUCACUCUCACCUCCAGCUCUGCUACCUUUCCACCUUGUUUGGUGGCUGUCACCCUUGCUGCCCUGUUGUGUAUUAGUACCCCACCUCCUCUAGGCUGUAAGCUCGUUUAAGUAGGGCCCUCAUCUACCUAUUGUUCCUGUGUCACUGUGUAAUUGUCUCAUGUAUUGUAAAUUUCCCCCCUUUCAUAAUAUUGUAAAGUCCUGCAGAAUUAGUUGGCACUAUAUAAAUACCAGUAAUAAUAAUAAUAAUAAUAAUAAAAAAAUGUAUGCAUCUACAAUCUCUGCACAUUACUUGUGCAACUUAUGCAUUUAUGCUGUCAGUGCAGACUUAAAAAAUACCAAUUAGAUCUGAAGGUAGCUGUCUAUGCACAGCAGAAAGUUUGCACUUGCCAUGGGCAUCACUUCCUUUGAACCAAGAGCAUUGAAGGAGUGGCAAAAUAGUGUAGGUAAGGACUUCCGUUCUAAAGCUAAAGCUUGGGGGGUGGGGGGGAAAACAUUUAUUGAAUGUAAAUAACUUAACUAGAUACACAGAAAAAAAUACUAUGCAACAAAUAAAUAUUUAAUUAAAGGUUCAAAGCUUAACGAGACACUAUAGUCCCCAAAACAACUUUAGCUUAAUGAAGCAGAUUUGAUGUAUAGAUUAUGUAUCUGAAGUCUCACUGCUCCCAUCUGCCAUUCAGGAAUUAAAUCACUUUUGUUUCUGAUUAUGCAGCCUUAGUCACACCUCCACUGGCUGUGACUGACACAGCCUGCAUGAAAACAUGAAAGCAUGAAAUAGUUUCACUUUCAAUCAGAUGUAACUUACUAUAGAAGUUUUUAUCUUCUUCUCUGUAAAUUGAAUUUUAAUCACACACAGCAGACUACUGUAUGGUGUAGCAAGCUAUUAACAGAGCAGGAGAUAAGAAAUUUUAAAUUAAACAGAAUUUGUAAUAAAGGAAGUGUAAACAUUAGAUGAUUCUUUACAUGAAAUGUUUAAGAGGCUGUGUAAGUCACAUGCAGGGAGGUGUGGCCAGGGCUGUAUAAAUAAAAUGUUAUUUAAUUCUUAAAUGGCAAAGAACUGAGCAGUGAGACUGAAGGGGCAUGAUCUAUACACCAAAACUGUUUCAUUAAGCUAAAGUUGCUUUGGUGACUACAGUGUCCAUUUAACAGUAGUAACAGGCAUUUUAGUAAGUUGCUAACCAGUAAAAAGUAGUGAUAAGCUUCUAAACAAGCACCUGGAUGUGAGCCUUGUCAUCCACAUAUUUAUAGAAGACAAACCAAAUAAAAAGUAAACAAAAAUUGAUUAAAAGAGUGCUAGUGUCCUUUUCAUACCAUGCAUAUUUUUGUAUCCUUUUUUUUUUUUUUUUUAAGGCCCAACAACGAGCUGGAGUUGCCUAUAAAGAAACAUCUCCCUCAGGUAUAUAUUCAAGCAGAUCUAUUGAAUAAAAUGUUUUCCAAUUUACAAUGUGUUAAAGUGUAAACAACAAUCUUAAGUGUGUGAUUUGCAGUAUCGAUACAAAGCAAAAGGUUUACAUGGGUAUUUCCGAUUUCUGUUGCUAUGGAAAGCUGACAAAAACAGGAUUGUCUGUGCCUUCAGCACUAUGUUGGGAAGCACUGUCUAGAGAAAUUGUGUCACUUGAAUGGCCACUUCAUAUUUCUUUAGUUUUGCUAAAGGCUUUGCUCCUUAUUGUAAGGUAAAUCCACCUCCUUAGCCAUGCCCUCUCUAUUCACAAAGGAACUUCCUUAUUAGAUAUUAGAGUAUGUACUCAGUUUAGCCAAUAAAAUGCAAUAAGUACAUCUGUGUGAAUAUUAAGCCACAUAUUAUGGGCUCUAAUCCAUGUGCAUUUAUCCACAAUAUCACCCUGCAUUUGUCACAUUUCAGCACCAUCUGCAUUAUAUAGGUUUUUUUCUCUGUUUUACAUGUUUUAUGAUACUGUUAAGAUUUUCACUUGUCCACACUUAGUAAAGGGUAAGACAAGCCCCUGAUUGAUAUUUUAUCUCUAGCGCUCCACUACUGUUUUUUUAAGUAGCUCCCUUAUAAACACAUGUUGUUUUUGUAUUAAUAUAGAGACAGGCCACAUCUCUAGGCAAAUAAUGGUAAGAAGACUUAAAUUGGAGUGUGCAAAGUAUGUGUGUGUUUGCCACCUGUAUGGCACACACAAGAGUAUGUUUGUCAUUGUGUGUGAGAUUGUGUAUGGAUCAUUACAUUUAUGUGUGUCUGGGUCAGUGAGUGAGUGUGUGUCAUUGAAUCUCUGUGUCAGUGAUAGAUGGUGAAUGUGUGUCAAAGAUUGUUGGUUUUUCCCCUUAAAAGGACGAAGUUUAAAUGAAAAAACUUAAAUAGCUUUAAUUGAUGUGACAGUAACAAUUGCUGCGCAGUUGCUAGAUUUCAUUACAGUGAGCCAUCAGUGGAGGCUCACUGUAAUGAAACACAUAGACAUAAGUGUAUUUUUGCUAAAUUUUGGUUCGUCCAACUAGCUUUCUCAUAACAAUCGCAUGGAUGAAAAUUGUCCGUACCCAAUGGUCACAUGGAUGAAAUUCUGUGGCACAUAAUGCCUGGCUAGUAACUUAAGUUGUGUGAUUUUGAGCCUUGCAUACCUGCUUUCACACACUAACACAUGCACACACUUUCAUAUACUGGAACCAAGCACAAAUACACCUUUGCUUUUAUGCUGGACAAACACACACUUGCAUUCACACACUGAAACUCGGCAUAAAUACACUGCUACAUUCACACACAUUGACACAUUGCUCAAAUACAUGAUGCAACUAUAUCCCCUAUAAUUGAAACACAGGUGCAUUGACACAAAAUACAAAUGUAAUCCCCUGCUUUCAUGCACAGAUACACACAAGCAGUAGGGGUGGGCUUGGGUGCUGAUAAAUUCCGAGGGCCCAUACUGACAGGUUCUUUGCAUAUUUAUCAUUACAAGAAACUGUAGUAGCUCUGGUAACUGGAGUGUCAGUUUUAAAAUCUAUGUGGAGGAAGGGUUUAAAGGACCCCAUAAUGGAUCCCUCACUAAAUCUAGAGCUGCCUAAGCACUGCCUUUCUAAGUGAUUUUGAUUAGGAGCUGUGUUUACUUGACAGAAGAUGACUCUCCUUUGCCUGGCAGUGUUCCAAUGACAUCCUCUGCAUGCUCUAUUUUCUCAGUUGUCAGUUAAUGAUUGACAAUGAAGGCUAAAGUCAUUGUGAACACACUGACAAGGGAAAGUGAGGAGGUGACAUCUAGAGUGACAGUUUUCCUUUAAGAAAAUGUAGUGUUCAGGAAUCACACAGUAAUAAGUACAUCCCAAUUUAGUCAUAAAAUAUAGAAACAAACUGAUACCCUUUGAAAAUCACUAAAUAGUGAUUUAUUUUUUCUCAUGUGGUUAUAUAAACUAUUAACAUGCUACAUUAUUUAACAUUUAUUAUCAGGGUUAUUUACUGAGCUGGUAUUGUUGGGAAGUCACAAGAAAUUGCUAAUUUAGGUCAAAUAAAUCAUAUUAGAAAAUCUAGUUAGCUAUGUUUCUAUUCUGGCUAAGAAUUAACUACAUUUUUAAAAUUUUAAAUUGUAGCACUAGCCCAGCUAGUUGAGUUUGAAAAAUAACUCUGCUGAUGUAUACUUGUUUUUAGGGCCUAACGUCACUUACCUGCCAAUAACCGUUAGGGAAUAAGCCCCUUGAAAAUCAUUAAUUUAAAUAUGUAAGUGCACAUCUUACUAUUAGAGCAGCUCAACAUGGUAACUUUCUUUAUCUCCUAUUUGCAGUAACACAGAAUGCAACAAAUAAUAUACAAUUAUCAGAUGUCGCUAUAAAUUCUAAGCAAACUGGACAGGUGAAAUUGCAAGAAGAGCCUCCAGUCUACGGAAGCCGGCAAGCAAAGAUAGAGUUAAUAAUUCGCAGAGGACUUGCUCUCGCCUUGGGAGUAGUUGUGUUGCUCAUAGGAGUUCUAGUCAAAGUCUGGACAUCUAGCAAUUAAUUUAAUAAAUUCAGUUAACUGGUUGGGAAGCAAAGUAAACCCACUGCUCAAUCUAGGGUGAGAUAUAUACUGAUAUUUUACUCUCAGCUUUAUGCCAAUAAUAAAUGUCCAGAGUCAUCAGGAUGUAGAGGACAUGCUGGUUUUCCACCCAUUGCUAGUGGCCAAGUCCCAGACAUUGGACAUCUAGAUCUGUUUCAUAACCUAAAUGCACAAAGGAGGCCAGAAUCCAAAUAUGACAUUACACUUUGGACUAAAAAUGCUUAUUGUGUAAUAAAAUUCAUGAUUGGUAAAUGUUUGCAAUCUUUCUUUACUGUAGGCUCCAUUAAUCAUUUACAGGGUUACUCAAUAAACAUUGGAUUUUUGUGGUUUUUCUCAUCUGACCCCUAUACCUUAUAGUAUAGGAUUUGGAAGAUUCACAAAUCAUCGAAAUUAAUAAAAUCCGAUACUGAAUGCAUGCAGGGUGCUUCUUCGCAUAUUAUCGUUCACUUGCAUUUUUGCUAGUUAAUUUAUCAUUAGAAGUACUAUUUGCUGGCAGGGUGAAAGAAUUUACUUUGAUUCCAAGGUUCAAGCUUAUAGGUGUCAUAUUAGGUAGCCUUUAUUAAAACUGGCUAACUUGGACUCAGGAAAUGCUUAAUGCCUAAAACGACACUUAAGACCAUAUAUGUCUAGUUCUGGGAGCAGAUAGGCCCCACCUGAGCUGUCUCUCCUAAAUCGGUCUGUUCCUUCUCUUUCCCGGAACUUAUCAGUUAUGUGUACAUGAUGUUCAUCCCUAUGUCUUAUCUGUACUCCUCCCCUGUUAUUUCAUUCCCUUGCUUCUACUGUUCUAUAAAUAUUUGCAUGUAAGCACUUACUUUUAAAUGUAUAAAAA